AUGUCCCUGCCUCCUAUCGCGCCACCACCUGCUGCCGCCCCCCGACUCCAGCUCCGGAAUGCGCAGCAGCCGAGCCCGGGCGCUCCCAAAAAGGCGCCGGUGCCCCCCCUCGCGCCAGCCAAGCCCCCUCGGAAAGGUCGCGGCGGCGGGGCCCCUGCGGAGCGCCCUGGCGGCGGCGCCUUCUCGAGCUCUUGGCCCAGCGCUUCUCUCCCGAGGCAGCUGCCGCGCAACAGAGGCGCCCCGCCGCUGGCCGCCAGGAACCCGCCCGCCGCAGCCGCCCCGGCCGCGGGGGCGCCUCCGUCUCCGGCGUCGCGAGGCCGCUCGGUGGCGGGGCCGCCGGGCCCGGGCGCGCGCUCCUGCGAGAGCCUUUGCGCGGCGGGGCGCGGGGAGGCCGCGCUGCGCUUCUCGCUCAGCCUGCCUCCCGAGGCGAUCCGGGUGCUGCAGCGCCGGAGCAUGGAGAAGCAGCAGCAACAGCAGCGGCGGCCGCGCGGGAGGACGCCCCGCUCCGCCUCCCCGGACGCCGCGAAGCGCCCCCUGGCUGGGUGCUCGGCCGGCGGCGGCGGCGGGGACUUGCGCGCCCUGCUGCAGGUGUCGCUGCUCAACGAGCGCCACCGCUACGACGACGUGGAGUACGAGGAGGAGGCCGACGGCGAAGGGGCGGCCGGCGUCCCCGGAGCGUGCGCGGCCGACGAAGGGCUGGUGCGCAAGUGCACCGAGUGGCUCCGCGGCGUCGAGAGCGCCGCCGCCCGCGACCGCGCCGACAAGCUGGACACGCUGCCGCACUUGGGCACCCUGUGAGCGGCCGGCCAGGGGCUCCCUCUCCCGGGCCCUCGGCCAAGAAGCAGGCAGACCCGAGCCCGCCGUCUUCUUCCUCAGGGUGGUGUCGUAGUUGGUUCUUCGUCACCAAAGGUCGCCUUCCCACAUCACCUGUUGUUGACUGUGAACGGAUUUCCUCCUCUGUCGGCAGAAAGCUCUUCCACCGGCCUGGCCAGUGACUGUGUGUGUGUGUGUGUGUGUGUGUGUGUUUUCUGAAAAAUAACAUAACACGUUGCGUUCGGCUGAGCUUCCAAGAUCAACCACGCCUCUGUCUGUUAUAAGAAUUGCUUUCAUCUCGACCCUUUUUCAAUGGAUUACGGCAGCUCAGACGAACAAUUCAUCUCUGUGCACAUAGUGCGUGGAAGGAAAUGUGCUUAAUCGCCCCCUACACCCUUUUGAGCAUGAGAGGUGCCUCUGUCUUGGGCACCCUGCGCUAGGAAUCUGUUCCACAUUUGUUUGGGGCUGUUGUUGCUCAAAAUCUUAAUCGAAAAAGACAGUUUUUAUGAUGAUCUUAUGGAAAACCAAUCCUUUGUGUUGUUUUUGGCUGGAAUAAUAGAGACAAUAGCUUUAAAGUGAUGGGGAACGAAGUUCAGCCUCUCCGUGUAUAGAUUUUACUGUGGCCAAAUGUAAAUGUUGAAUUUUUUCAUGGUUGUGUUUAACUUAUUAUGGUAACAUAGCAAUGUGUUUUUAUUUUUGUAGCCUGUGAAAAGAACCGAGUGCACAGAGACAGCUGAAUAUUUUUUUGUCACACUUUAUAAAAGCAUAAUUCGCAGCCUGAGGUCCAGGAGAAGGUAAGGAAUCUUGUUAGUUUCUCCACUUUUUCCUCCCUGUUCCUGAGACUGCGAAGUUUAGGAAAGAGCUUUUGUGCUACAUGACUAAGUGCAGGUGACUCCAAAGAAAGAGGCUGUGUACAGUACAAAAACUUGGCACAAACUUCAGUACUAACAAACUUUUUUAAAAAGUACAUUGUAAAUGAAUAGCACAGUGAUUUUGUAAAUUUGUAAUAUUUCUAUUUAUUUGAAUAAACAGUUAAAAUUGGUGAGGAAGCAUAUUUUGCCUGUUUAUUCUGCUACUCCACAGUUAUGGGGUGGGACGGGAAAUAAAGGCUAUACUGUUGAACAAUCCUGUAUUUUUAAGUGCUGUUAUUUCAAUGGGUGAGAUUUAAGCAUAUAAAACUCUCUCAGUUGAAAUGGAUAGGGCUGCAAAUUGCUUUGCUUUGAGUGAAUUUUUCAAAAGAAUUGCUGUUCUAUAAAAUAAAUCCAGCAGAUUGGUAAUCUCACACUGGAAUGAAAACUAGGUCUUUGAGAUCAUUGUGCAUAAAGGAGCCAGGGAGGCAAGAUAAAAAGCAACGGCUCUGCAGCAAAAUUGAGUUUUCUAGGAACUCAUAAGUGAGAGCUGCAUAUUUAGCGCUUCCGUAUUUGUGUUGUGUACCUGUCUUUUAAGAGAACUGAUAGAAACAAACAUCUAUUUUGACCCUAAAGGAUAAACAAACCCUCUUUUCUUGCUAAUCGUUAACAAACUUUCAUAUGGAGCAAAACAAUAGCACAGAGUUAUAAACAAGAUAGUAGUCAACACUAGUCCCAGGCAGAGUACAUACACCCAUUGAAGUUAAUAGGCUUAGGUUUAGUAGGGAGAAUUCAUAUCUGCUAAGGCAAUUGUUCCAUCAGGGCAAGCAUUUCCCCCUUCUCCCACCAUGUACUUUUCUGGGGGUUCUCCCUAUUUCUCCUUGCAAGGGGCUCAUGGGGAGGAGAGCCCCCGUGUGCAAGCAGAAGUCUCUACAUAGGGCUUCCAUGGAAGGGACUUGUUAGUUGAAUCUUUCCCUUAAUGUCAGUGGAUCUACUGUGAGUAGGGCUUUGUUGAAAUUCAGGGUAAGUUUUACUCAAAGCAGACCCAUUGAAAUUAAUGAACACCGAUUCUAUGAUUCUACUUGAGUUAGGUCCGUUCAUUUCAAUAGGUCUGCUCUUUGUUGAAUUCUACCCAGAGUCCCUCAGCUGGAGUUGGUGCAUAAAGAUUACCCAAAUAAAGGCAGCAACCAGCAUUCUGAGAGUGGGGGAGGCCUGAACAUGUUUUUUUUCUCCUGACAUGAUUCAGCGUCUAACUAAAUACAUCUUUGUGGCUUUAGUUUUGUGUGCUGGUUUUAUGCUUAUUUUAAAAUACAAAGAACACAUUCAUUGGAAGGUUUUUAAAUGCAACGGGCAAUGAAUUUCUCCAGAACAUUGAUGCCAGCCGCAAGUGAAAUGCUUUAGACCAGGGGUCAUUUCAUACAUUAUCUGAACAGCAUGGGAGCUGCUUGAAUGUGGCAGAAUCCCACGCUGCUCUCAGCACUUAGAACGGAAACAGCAACUGAUGGGGAUUCUCUCUGCUUCCCCUGCCAGCCUUGUCCAGCCCAUAAUGUUCUUUCUAACAGAUGUUACCAGGGUAGUAUGGGCCUAAGCAGGCAGUAGCUGCCAUGUGACUCAGGUGGCACAUGGAACCACUGUCUUAUGAAUCACAUCUAUAGCUUGGAGAGACAGAGAGAAAAUGAGAAUUAUUUGGCAGUGUCUCCCUGAUAGGCAGUUUGGGAUGGAAUGGUGUGCGGGCAGAAAUCGCUGUAAUGUCCGGGGAAAUCUGGACUUACGGCAACCAAUGUCAGAAGCCUAGAUUUUUGUGCAUUUCCUUAAAACUAGCUCCAAAACUUAAAAAAAAAAAGCUCAACAACUGUCGGAUUUUCACUUUUUGAAAUAUGGUAACUCUAGAGUUAUGCUCCAAGUCUCAUCAAAGGUAGCUGCUUCAGUAUGGGAUUAUCAGCAGCCAGCCAGAGUAAGCAGAACUGUUCACAUUUCCCAGCCCCAUAUAUAUGGAGCAUUUGGCCCCCCAGAUGUUGCUGAACUACAACUUCCAGCAAGCAUGGUCAAGGAUGAUGGGAGUUGUAGUUUACCAACAUCUGGAGGGCCAAAGUUUCCCCACAUCUGCCCUAUAAUGAGCUCUGAAGUCUUAAGGAGAGGGAAGAGACAUCAGAGCUGUGAUUCUGAGAAAUCCUAAUACUGCUUUUUUCCUUCUACCUCAUUUCGUUCUUGCAUAGUGUGCUAUGAUGUAUAGUAGGUGACCUGUGGCCUUCUAGAUGUCAUUGGACUCCAACUCCCAUCAUCCCUGGCAAUUGGCCAUGCUGACUGGGGCUUCUUUCAUUAUUUCUUUUGUUCUGUGACUUCUAGGUCCAGGGUUGUUUUUUUUGUCCUGCCCCACUUUCUCACAGUUUACUGCUGCAUUGGAAGAAAUGCCAAUCCGCAGAAACCCCAAUUGACGCUUGCUUCAAUUCGGUAGUAAACAGAGGGUUUUCCAGGGAAAGUGGCAGGACAAAAGAAAGACUUCCCAGACCUGUGCCUAGAAAUCAUGGCAUAAAUGGAAGCACAAAUGAGCCCUGAAUCUCCUGCCCCUUUCCUUCUUUUUAAACUUCUUAAACUUCUUUUUAAAAAGUGGCUUUUCAGACAGCAGCUGCCUGUCAACUUGUAUGUGCAAAUUAGCAUGUACAGUAUUUGUGUCAUGGGCCUAUGUCCUGAGUCCUUUCAAGUACCCAUCAACACCCCUGCUGCGUACAUUUGCACAUCUGGGCUGGCUUUUCUCUGGAUGACUAGCAUCCAAUGGUGAUUUGCAUUUUUAUAUAACCUCACACCAUGUCUUUCAAUAGUCAGAGUGUCAACAAGUGAUGAGUGUUUGUAUUAAGUAUUGUUGAUCCAUGUAUGUACUGUUAAAAUUAUUUAUAUAUCAGUUUGUGGUUUUUAUAUAUUUGAGCCAUUAAAAAUUGUAUUUUCAGGCUUUGUGUGUUAAAAUUAUAUCUUAUGUAAAUACUUUUUUUUCACUUAGGCAGAAAUCCUGCACAUACUUAUUGGAGUUUAUGGUAAAUCUAAGUAAGCAAUCAUAGGAUCAGUGGUGGACUUUGGUAAUGUUUGGUAAUACAGCGCCCUGAGUGAGGCCAGAAUUUGCCUGCUCCCACCCCAUGGAUCUUCUCAAUUACAGAUCUUCCUAAUAUUGUGCCCCCUCAACUCCUGGGGGCUGACAGAAAAGGGAUGCAGAAGUCAUUUAUGUGCUGGGCACAGAGAAGAGGGUUCCUCUGCUUUAGCAACCUGCUUGGUUGCACAGUGGGAGACUAGAGGGCCAACCCACUUUCUUGCCUGCAUAAAAUUAUUGGGUCAUCUAUGCUCACAGGCUAGUGUUUAAAUUAGGAUUGGAGAACCUUUAAUUUUUCAGAUGCAGCUGGACUACAACUCCCAUCAUCCCUGACCAUUUACCAUGUUGGCUGGGACUGUUAGGAUUCAGAGUCCAGCAGCAUCCAGGGAAUCUAAGUAGCCUUACUUGCAAGCAAGUUCCAUUAACAUCAAUAAGAUUAAUUCCAAAUAAAGUUGUUUCAUAUUAUGCGGAAGUGAAUUGAAAUAUACCCACCUGAUGUGUUUAGGAGACAAGGCAUUUAUUUGCCAACAAAAAUUAUUCAAAUCUCAUGAAAAUAUUGUGCAGUUAGCUUUCAGAACCAGGAUCAAAAAGUUCUAAAAUAAUAUUAAGUAGGUAGAUGGACCCUUUUGCUCAGAUCCCUACCAACGGAUAUCAGCAUCAGAACAGAGGUGGUCGUUUUUGGAGAAAUGCUCUUACAAUACAGUAUUGUUCUUCUAUGCAACUUUAUUUUUGGGAUCUCAAAGCUAGCUUUCACUUUUUAUUUACUUCGGUUGGAAUAUUUGUUGCAUUCCAUCAGACACAAUGGGAUGCUGUGAUUUGUUCCCUUUGGAGCGCCGUGGAAGCACGUCCAUAACAAGGGCAACCAUCUUGCAGCAAGAUGCCUUUCUUGCAGACAUGCUUUCUUGUACUUGUUGCCAGAUUUGCUCUUUGUACACAGUGCAGAACUAGCUGUGUUUCCACUCUGAACUUCCUAAAAAACUCACCCAUCAUCACUCUACUUUUCAAAGCGCCUGGUUGCAGCUGGCCUAAAUGUCGGUUAAUGCCUACGAUACAUAGGUAUGUUACCCUAGCCAGUUCCACUGUGCCUGGCUGCGAAAGAAGAGCCUUUGUUCACAAAUGAAACUUCUUCAUCUUUCUGUCUCGGACCGGCCAAGAGAACCUGCGGCUCCCCAUUUGUUGAACUAUAACUCCCAUCAGUCCCAGCCAGCACGGUCCGUAGUCAGGGAUGAUGGGACUUGUAGUCCUCGGGAAGCCCCCUCACAUUAGCCGCCCCGAGUUUAACGCAUUCCAGUGGCGGCAUGAAUAUUCAUGGUGGGAUAUCUCGCCUUUUCUUUACCAGCGCCCCGUUUCACGGCGAAGCACUACUGUGGGAGAAGUGAGCGCGGGAAAGAGGCAGGGUCGGCGUCCGGCGCUGAGGGCGCGCUUCUCGCCGGCGAGGGCGGUGCCGAAAGCGGACGCCGCUGCGAAGCCCGGCGCGCCUCUGCCUGGCGGGGCUCCGGGGAGAGCCUGGAAGCCGCGUCCCGCGCUUGUCGCCUCGCGCGGUAAGUUGGCGCGGGGCGGGAGGGUCUCCUGCCAGAGGCCUCUGCGGGCGGAGCGAGAGUCUCUCUGGUCCUGGGACUCGGGCAAUUGGAGGGUUCCCUUGCCCCCGAGAAAUGAAGCCCCUUGCCCCCUUCCUGCCCGCCGUGUGGAGCGGUACAAGCCCUGGGAGGAGCAGUGGGAUGGGGGGGGGGGCGCUGAAAGGCAGAGGGCGCUGCCUUUGGAAAGCUGGUCCCACUGGGUCCAGUUAAAACUACAUUUUGAAUAAAUGUGCGAUUGUGCUUUGAUUUUCACCGGGUGGUUGCCUGCCUUAGUGGGUCGUGCAAGCCGCUGUUCUGCAUAGCGUGGCCCGAAAAAGUUUUGGAACCGGUAAUCUGGUCGGGGUACUAACUUGAAUAAAAUAUUUGGGGGGCAAGUAAGCUCCUCCCUGCAUAAUCGAUCACAUGACAGGGUACACCCCACCCCCUAUUUGAACUGUCCAUCAAUCUGGGGCAGAGGGUGCAGCCCAAUCAAAUAUUAUAUUGGGGGGCUGAAGGGGUCUGGCCAGUUGAAGGUCCGGGAACUACAGACCUCAGUCCUUUAUUUCAGGGAUUAGGCAGAGCUCAGGCUUGGGGGAUCUACUUGGUAGGUUUACUACAACUCCAAGAUUCACCAAUGAGAGCCUGGUGCCAAAAAUACACACUUUACAUUAAAGAAAGUUGAGCCCAGGAAUUUGAAGCAGAACUGAAAUGAGAUCACAGUUCGUCCGCACAGAAACCUCCUCUUAGUUACCCCCAAAGGAUUAUUCAUUGCAGCGGUAUAAUUUAGAGUGGGAGGGGAGUUGCUUUGUUGCUGUUCUUGUUAAACAAUCGGGAGCCAGACAUUCUUGCUGAUCUGCUGCACAUCACCCAGAGAGUUACCAUGAGGUCCAGAUGAUCUAGCUCCUGCCCACCCCAUGCCUCUUUCAACACAAGGCUGCCUGAACAGCCAGCCUGGAUAAGGCACUCAAGUUCACUGAGCUGAUGUGAAAUCUUCUUUUUUCUCACAAAGGGAAUGAUUGUCCUUCUCCUUGCUGUGGGAGGGGAAGGGCUGUAGCUCCAGGCUAGAGCAUGUGCUUUGCCUGUAAAAGAUUCCAGGUUCAGUUCUCACUAUCCUAGUAGCCCUGGAGAGACUUGUGUCUGAAAUGGUGGGGAGCCGAGGCGAAAUAGAAAAGGCAGCCUCUUGUACCCUCUCGGGAUGUUGGGGGAAAAUAGUAUUUCCUGUUGCAAGAAUUUUGAACUACAAACCUUCCAAUAUUUCAUAGAAGAAAAUCAGGACACCCUUAGGUGAUUAAAAUAUCCCUGUUCUCAAACCAAGGAUUGAUGCCUGAGGAUCCAAUUGCCACUCUCACCCUGCAGUGUUACACAUUGGUGAAUGCCUGAUUUACAUGGUCGUUGUUUAUUCUGUGGUAGCCUUUAUCCUUCGCUGACUUCUGAGACAGGAAAGGGAAUAUAACACAUUUCUAAAAUCUGUUACAUUCUAAAACUUAAGAAUGUUUUUUCCUAAAACUUAAGAAUGUUUACCAAAAAGUGUUUAGCAAAAUUUGAUACAUGCAAGCCCCGGUCAGUUUAAUGGGGCUCACUGCCUAAUGAAUGGGUAAUAGAUUGCAGCCCUGGGUUGUAAUACUGUACAUACUUACCUGGGAGUAAUUCCCCAAUGGGCUUACUUUUGAGUAAAGGUAACGGUACCCCUGACAGUUAAGUCCAGUCGCGAACGACUCUGGUGUUGCGGCGCUCAUCUCACUUUACAGGCCAAGGGAGCCGGCGUUAUUCUGCUUCUACAGACAGUUUUUCUGGGUCAGGUGGCCAGCAUGACUAAGCCGCUUCUGGCGAAGCCAGAGCAGCGCAUGGAAACAAUGUUUACCUUUCCGCCGGAGCGGUACCUAUUUAUCUACUUGCACUUUUUGGCGUGCUUUCGAACUGCUAGGUUGGCAGGAGCAGGGACCGAGCAACGGGAGCUCCCCCCUUUGCGGGGCCUCAAACCUUCCGAUCAGCAAGUCCAAGUGGCGCGGUGGUUUAAAUCACAGCGCCACCCGCGUCCCAAGCUACUUUUGAGUAGACAUAUACAAAACUUCAUCUCACAGUGGAACUGACUGAACCUGCAUAAUGGCAGCAAGUUGUUAAUGUUGGUACACAUUUUUAUGUGGGUAGGCCGUGUGUGUGUGUGUUGAGAAGGGAAGUGUAGGUGCACCCAACUUUGCAGGUACCAUUUAAAACAGUUGGGGUACAUUUUUCAGCCCAAGGGCCACAUUCCCUUUUGGACAACCUUCUGGAGGCCACAUGCCAGUGGUGGGUGUACUGUAAAUGAAUGUACAUGCUGCCUUUAUGCUGCAGGCCAGCUCCUUCCCAUGCCUUUCUCUGUCUUCCAUCCAUGUAAGCAAGAGUCACAAGCAUACAUUCCAGCCAGUCAAAUACAGUCAAAGAGAGUGUGAAGCAAGGCCAAUGAGGGGAUUUCCUGGGCUGAAAGUGGGUGUUUGGGUAGGGGGCAUGAGGUUCCACACUCUGAUUUAAAAGAAGAAAACCAAAUGUUCAUAUAUAUUCUGUUGGAUGGCAUAUUGCAAGCCUCCUCCCAGCACCACCUGCAGCCAUGCUAGUGCCAACCGUAUUGCUCUGCUUUCCUUUGGACCACAUCUGUGAUGAUGAGAGGGUGUCUUGUUGUCUGGGCAGCCCAGGACCUCCAUACACACUGCCCAGGCUUGCACCAUGGGGAGGUCACUUUGGUGCUGCUAUCACAGCAGUUUGAUUUCACCCCUGGAGGUGCAUUCCAUUGACUCUCUAGCCAGAUGGAUGCCAACAAGAUAUCUCUAGCCAAUUCUGAAACACAGCUGUGGGACAUUAUUGCAGUCAAACCAUCAAUUCAUGUUUUGCUAGAUAGGCACAUGAAGGGGCUGUGGGUCAUAUCGUCUCCUAGUGUUCAUGCCUUCAGUAGCAACAUAUGGAACAUCAUUUCAUGAGCUACUUCAUAGAUGAGCAGCAGUUUGAAGCCUACAUUAAAAACCAGCACAAUGAUUGUGACACAGACUGUCCAUGCCAUACAUUUAAAGCACCUCCCCAAGGUUCCUGAAAAUGGUAGUUAACACUUCAUGAAGCUACAAUUCCCAGUGUUCUUAACAAACUACAGUUCCCAGGAAUAUUUUUUUGGGGUGCUUUAAAAGUAUAGAAUGGGCUUACCUCAAUAAGUUGGAGGGUAAUUCAUUGACUAAAUGUAUUUGAACUAGAACUUCCUUUUGUCAAAAUUCUUCUAUGUGAAGCAUAGCUCUAAGGAGCAUUCAAUAUUUACUUUAAGAAAACCGUAACUGUACAAAGGGGGAUGAUGAAUCAGUGAACUGCUGCGUAAUUAUUAAACAGCAGAAUCCAGAAUUACAGUCCUCGGGCAGUUUUACCAGCAGCGAUGGCGGAGGCAGCACCCUGUUUGUUUAAUCUGGUGCACAAACACUUUGAGGACUGGGUUGCUCAGGUAACUAACCUGUCGCUCAGGUGAACAAUAUGUUGGUUUGGAACAAAAGCCUUUAUACAAAUGCCUAAUGUUGAUUUAAGUGUUCAGCUAGUCCGACCUAAUUAGAUGUGGCAAUAUUGUGUUCUCUGCAAUGUAUAAAUUUGUUUACUUUCUUUUCUUUCACAGUACUUCCCUCACAGUAAUGCGAUAUGGCGACCUGCUUGCACCUUUACAAGAAGAGUACACUUCCUCCACUUCUGGAUAGGUACCUCCCAGUUAAUUCUAGGAAUCAGGUAAUAUUUUAAAAGGUGCCAUUGGCCUUGAAUGCUUUCAGUGUAGUCAUUUUAUGUGAACUCUGGAAUAAGUUUGUGUCCUUCCUCUCCUCUUUUUAAGAAAGUCCCAUGAUAUAACUAGGAUGUGUUUGUCACAUGCUCAACUGAUGUUCCUCUUCUCCAUUACAAAUUUUAAUUGUAAUGGAAUUGUUCAGCCCAAAUUCACUAUGUACAGAAGUUACAAGGCAAACAAGGAAAAACAAAAGCACUACUGAAAUGAUUUCUCUGAUUGGUGGCUUGCUGUAAAUAGAUACAAAUUUAAAACAGAUAAGACAGGCCAGGCUGAGGAGAAUCCCAGUUAAACAAAAAAGGAAUCCUCUCAUAUCCUCCAUCAAGAUCUAGGCCUAGGAUAGCUUAGGGUUGCCUUUGGACUUGUUGACCAUUGAGGCAUAUUCCCUUUCCUUCCGGUAGUGAUAAAGCAGGAUUUCAAAUCCAAACCCUCCUCCUCCUCCUCCUCCUCCUCCUCCUCCUCCUCCUCCUCCUUCUUCUUUGCAUGACUCUGUAUCAAAGGGGACUAAUUUAUGGAUAAUUUGGGGGGCUUUGGUCAUAGCGAACAUGGCCAUGAGGCCAAAAAAAGUUUGGCUACCUUGAUCCUAGUCUGAUGAAGAGUUCUGGAGACCACAAAAGCAUGCACCCUAUUUUGUGAUAUUUCUGGUUGGUCUGAUAAAGGUAUUGCCCUAACAUGGAUUUUGGAGCAGGGGGGGGAAUUACUUUAUAGCAGCGCUGAUAACACUCCCAAUGACCCUGUAUUAAUGAAUUACCUUUAUUACCAUGAAGGUACACAAUGCUAUUUCAGUGUCUGGGGUGUUGUCAAAGGCACAGAUCUGUAUGUUAAAACUUUUUUUUAAAAAAAGUCAUUUUCUACUCUGAAACAUCACUUUUAGAGCCAGAAACACCUUCAAAGCAAGAGGCAAAAAGGACCUGUUACAAGUGCAAAGAGGAUGAAAGUGGAAUACGUCAUACAUAAUAUUGCCAUAGUAACAAGGCGAUAAAUAUAGCCAUUCAUUGCAAAGUGCGGAGGAAGGAUGCAAACAGGCCCUAUUUAUUAACGCUGAAGUUAAAUGUAGUUGAGGCACCCCUCCUGAGUAUUGCAGAAGCAGAGGUGACUUAUAAAUCCAAUACACCCAGGUUUAAAAAGUGCAUCCUUACAGAAUCAUUGAUAGCUGGAGUGGCCCAGUAGACUGGCAGGUCUUUAUCUUCCCCACCCACUAUGGACAACUUUGGCAGGUGGGCAGGACCACCUGCAUGUCAAUCAUCUGGCAUCAUAAUGUCAUCAGAUGAUUGACACCUUUCAGAAGUUCAAAGGAAAUUACUAUAGAGCAACCUUCUUUGAAGACUGACUCCUGGUGUGCCUGGCUCCCUUUAGUUGAGAGCUAAUGGUCGGUUAGAGGCAACCCCUUUGAAAUUUCUUUGGAGCUUAAUUUGGCCAACAGACUGGAGGCUCACCAUGUCUGAGCUUGGGGCAGGGGCAGGGGGGAAAUCAGACAUAUAAAUUACAAAUAAGCCCCUUGUUACAGCUUUAAAUUCAAGUGGGUGUUUUUUCUGAAAAGUGGAAGAAUGCUGGAAUAAGGAUAUAAUCAUAUGGCACACAUCUCUGAUCCCAGUAGGGUGAUGUUAUCUUAGGAGCCUGCUCAGAAAUGCACCCCAUUCACUGGAACAGAGAUAUUCAAAUAGUUGUGAAAUGUGCUGGUAAGGGAUGAUAUUUUUCUCCUUUAAGGCACAGUGUCCUGGUUUUGCCUUGAAAAGAGCUGGAAGUUAAAGAGUUGCACGUACAAUCCCUAGAACGAAUCAGUCUUUCCUCUAUCUGUCUAUGGUGUCUCUUGGGGCCCAACCACAUAACUAGAUCCACAAUUAGUUCUCCUAUAUUAAAAGCAGUUAAAAGCAGCUGGACACUGUGGAGUAGAGCCCUUUCCACUGCACUGUUUUCCUAAAUCAAAUCCCUCAACCCCACUUUUAUUUGCCCUGCUGUGGAAGAAACACACAUACUGUUUAAACGUUUACCUUUUGCUCUACACGAAAAAAGCAGCUUUUGGAAUUAAGCAGUAGAUUUGUGACAUGGCUGAAUGGCCACAGCUGGUACCUUGACUUUUGUGUCAGAGUCUGUUAGCACUUAAUGCUGCCCAUCCGUAGAAGUCAUAGAAUUGUAGAGUUGGAAGGGACCAGAAGCGUCAUCUAGUCCAACCCCCUGCAUUGUAGGAAUCUUUUGCCCAACACGGGGAUGGAACCCACAAUCCUGAGAUUAAGAGUCUCAUGUUCUACAGUGCUAUUGGCGUGACACCAUUGAAUAAACCGCAACUACUGAAUUCUGUAUUGGCCUAAAGAUAUGAUACAGAGAUGCUGUGUAUAGUGUGAUGGGGUGAGAUGAUGAAGCAUAUGAUUCUAUUUUAGCUGGGAGCAUGAAAAAUACAUUUUGAGUUGCAGCAGCUACAGCUUGUCUUUUAGAGUCAGGCUCAUUGACUGCAGAACAUCCCUGGGCUUGGCUUAUCAAUGUAUUCCCUUCAUUUUUCUCCUCUCAGUCCAAUGUAUAGUGGUACCUCGGGUUACAUACGCUUCAGGUUACAAACGCUUCAGGUUACAGACUCCGCUAACCCAGAAAUAGUGCUUCAGGUUAAGAACUUUGCUUCAGGAUGAGAACAGAAAUCGUGCUCCGGCGGUGUGGCGGCAGCAGGAGGCCCCAUUAGCUAAAGUGGUGCUUCAGGUCAAGAACAGUUUCAGGUUAAGAAUGGACCUCCGGAACGAAUUAAGUACUUAACCCGAGGUACUACUGUACUGAACUGCAGACCUUUCAUAACUACAACUCAGUUUUUCUACCAUUGUGGGAAGGUUGAACUUCCUGGCUACUUAAAAAUUUCCUCCACCACCCUUUUGAUUUUGUUGCCUCUGCAGGGCUGCUCCAUCCCUCUGGCCCCUUUUGUAAACUCUGAGGCUUUACACAAGUAGACCUUUCUGGGAAUGGCCAGGAUUAUGCAUGUUUGCAGUGUGUCCUUGGUAGCAAAGAAUGACGCACAAUGUGAGGAGAGUUCUUGCCAAUCUGAGCAAUGUGCUUAUUAAGCAGUAUGUUGGUUCUCAUCCAGAGACAAAGGUUCCUUCUAUAAACAGAGAGGGGAAAUCAUUUUAAGAACUUUUUAAGUUUGGAAAGGUGUCUUAUAUACAAGUUACUCUUUACAAGUAAUUUUGUUUUACUUAUGUCCUUUGAACUUCAUUUCUUAUUUCUCAUUGUGUUCACUCAUAUUGUUUUCUGACUUAUUUGCAAUGCAUUAUUCAGGAGAAUGAAUAUGCUAAAGUUUCUGAUACUGACAAGAAAUUUUUGCCGUACACGUGCUUUCUUAAAAAAGAAAAAGGAAUUGAUUUUCUUAUUUAAAUGUGUUACCCCAAAUUCUUAAGUCAUAUGUUCCUCUUUCAUUUAUUUUAUCUGGGAGCCAGUAGGUGUAAAUGAUGCUCUUAUUCCAUUUUUUUUUUAAAUGUAGUGUUGAUCAUAUAUUUUAGAGAAAGUUCAUUUCUGCUCCUCUUUAAAGAAAGCUCAGUUUUGCCAGGGUAACACACACCACCAGAUUCAGAUUUGACACGCAACUAAAAAAAAAGUUCCUCAGAACACUGAAUUUGUAGACAAGUUUGGUCAACUUCUGUCUACCUCAGAUAUGCACUUGAAACAUGACAUAGGCUAUUAAAGAUAUAGCUUCACCCAUUCUGCAUUGCAGGUGACCACAGUUAAUCCUGCACAGCACCACGUAGGGGUGAUUUAGGGUCAUGUAUGUGAUGUGCAAUGGGACGCAGGUGGCGCUGUGGUCUAAACCACAGAGCCUAGGGCAUGCCGAUCAGAAGGUCGGUGGUUCGAAUCCCCACGACGGGGUGAGUUCCCGUUGCUCUGUCCCAGCUCCUGCCAACCUAGCAGUUCGAAAGCACACCAAAAAGUGCAAGUAGAUAAAUAGGUACCGCUACGGCGGGAAGGUAAACGGUGUUUCCAUGUGCUGCUCUGGUUUUGCCAGAAGCGGCUUAGUCAUGCUGGCCACAUGACCCGGAAAAACUGUCUGUGGACAAACGCCGGCUCCCUCGGCCAGUAAAGCGAGAUGAGCGCUGCAACCCCAGAGUCGUUCGCUACUGGACUUAACUGUCAGGGGUCCUUUACCUUUACCUUUAUGUGAUGUGCAGAUUCCAGGAGAACACCAGGUUUAUUUAUCCUCAAAGCCAGUGGCAUUUCUCACACUUAUUUACUGAAUUUAGCUUGUAACAGUUAAUUUGUGCUUUGCUAACAAAUGCAUUUUAUAUCCUUUUUAAAUGGCAUCUAAGUACUUAAUUAGUGGUUGGGUUUUCUUGGAGUUGGAUUUCCGAUCCUGCGUCUUUUGACGGUAUUCUGUUUCAGACCGUUUAAAAACACAGACCAGUGGAACUGAAUAGGUUUGCCACCUUUUCCUUUGCCUUCAACAUCUGCAUGGCCAGCAGAAAUUCAAUUGUUGUGGCUUCUCCUGGUGCGGAGAUGGAGUAAUGGGAAACUCCAGUAGGACCCUUGUCACUGAAUGCAGCUUUGCAAAAAAUAUCUUGAACCCUUUCUUGUGCGUGUAGGUCACCUCAGCACAAGGCAGCACAUAAGUAGUGACCUGUGGCAGCUCUGCUGGUCCAUUUUUAGAGUUUUGGUGUACAUCAACUUUAUGGAGUUGUAAAAAACAACACCACAGUGUUUUCCAAACAGAAAGUGCAUCCCCAGGUCAAUAGUUUCAGGCCUGCAUAAUCCAGUGCUAUCUACUUCUUGCAUGGUUUCAAAAUGUUAUGUCCAGCAUCCUGUUCUCAAGUGGCCAACCAGAACCCCACAGGCAGGAUCUGAGCACAGCAGCCCUCUCUCUCCCUGUGGUUUCCAGCAACUGGUAUGCAGAAGCAUAUUGCCUCAGGCUAAACUGCAACAAGCAAAUACAAAAGGCUUGUAAAAACCAAUAAGUAAAAUUACUUAGUCCUCUAGUUACAGUCCUGGCACAAAGGAGGGCUAUUAGAGCAUGCUUUCCCCUCGCUGGACUGUGAUGCUGAAUUUCCAUUGUUUAAGACUCACCCCACAAGCAUCCUGGAGACCCACACAGCCUCCCUUACAUAUAAGAGAGACCUCAAGCCAUGUUUUUAUUUUUUAAAAUCUGAGUUGCACUUGAAAAUAUGCUUGCAAUGUCUUAUGGGGUGGGAGGAAAUUUUAGUUACCUUUCAGAUGUACAUAACAUGCUUGUAUCAUCUGAUGCCAUGCAAGAGAAAGUGAAUAUGGUGUUAGGGUGAGAGGCAAAUUUAAAUGCAAUUGCUCGAUUUCAAUUUUUGUGUACUUUGUUUUUGUCUAGAAUGGUCCAAACCUGCAAACGAUAGAAACAGACGAUAAAAGGAGGCCAAGAAACAACAAGCAUGUUUUAAGUGAUGAAGAUAAAGAUGAGCUCAUCCAGCGGUCACUGCAAGAAAAGGUAACAGUCCACCAUGAUAAAUGAUGUGUUUGAUGAUUUCUCUACUUGUGAAGGUGCAGCUUAAAAUGUGUCCAGAGAAGCUGUUACUACAGGUAGCCCAUUUUCUGUAUCUUGAAUGUAGGAUGGAGCCAGUUUCUAAGCUCUGUUUGCUAGCUAGGCAUGGACCCCUACGUCAUGGCUGAUGGGGAAGGACAGAGACUUUUCUACUGUUCUGUGUUGUUAUGUCAAACAGAAGCAUUUGACUAAUAUGCAGCCAGCCCAUUCAGUAUGCAGGUUCUUCAGAUGUGGGUAGGACACUUCAGUCAUGCUGAGAGAUCCUAGUCAUAUGGGAGGAGCUUGUAUUGAUUCAGUUUAUACUAUGCCAUUGUUGCCCUUCCAAUUUUCUUUUGCAAGAAACUAAAAAAGAAUAUAAUUUUUAUUCGUUGUUGAGUCUUUAAAUUGGGUGGAUGAAGAGGGGAACCUGGUGUCUUCCAUACCUUGUUGAACUAAAACCAUAGCUGUCCCUUUUUUUAAGGGAACUUCCCUUAUUCCGAAUAGGAUUCCUCGCAAGAAAAGGGAAAAGUUGACAGCUAUGACUAAAACUCCCAGGAUCCACUCCCAAGCUAGUGGCUAGAAAUUAUGUGGUGAGUGGCCCUAGCUAAACUGGCAUUAUUGUUUGAACAACAAAACAAAAAACAACCAAAACCCCUGAAGAAGUGUAGAAUCCUAAAUAGUUGUAAUGAAAAGUGUCCUUCUGGACAUUCUCCAAGCCCCUGAGCCGCAAGCAGUUCCUGUUAAGCCCUGCUGAGUGAGUGUUUAAAUGACCCAACCAAGCAGACAGAGUAAAUUGCAUACUCCCUCUCACACCUCCUGAAGAAGCAACCCUUUCAGUGCUGAUUCCAUGAGACAGAGACAUGUGAUCAGACCCUGUUCAUGUUGGGUCAUUUUACAUGUUCUCCCAGAAGUGUUGAGCUGGUCAAAAAUUGGCAGCUCCCACACUCCUGGGAAAACAAUCAAAGAGGGGCAUGUAAAAGUAAAAAAUGCAGUUUUCCCAAGAACUCACCAAAUUGUUUUCAAAUCAUUAAAAUCAAUGCCUGCCUGUCGAUUGGAGUAAAACUGUUGUAACUUCCAUAGUUGUAACUUCUCAGUUGCUCACUGCAUUGAAGAGAAAUUAAGUGAGAGAUUUCUGCUUACCAGAUUUCUGCGUCUUAAUGCUCAAUGGUCCAAAAACUGCUGGAAGGUGAGACAAGUAUGCUUUCUGAAUAGUUGGGUAGAACUAUUUUGCUAAUCCCUCGAUAAGGGUUAUGCAGACCAAAGGAAGUUGAUUCAGGGAAGAGAUCUGGAAUACUCUGCAGAAAUACCUUCUUGUGUUGAAUUGCUAAAUGAUUUCAUGGUUGUUUGUUCAUUCAUACAUUCAAUUCAUAACCCAUCCUUCCACCAAGGAACUCGGGGUGGAGUACAGUGGUACCUCGCAAGACGAAUGCCUCGCAAGACAAAAAACUCACUAGACGAAAGGGUUUUUUGUUUUUUGAGCUGCUUCGCAAGACGAUUUUCCCUAUGGGCUUGCUUCGCAAGACGGAAGCGUCUUGCAAGUUUGUUUCCUUUUCUUAACACCGUUAAUACAGUUGCGACUUGACUUCGAGGAGCAACUCAUAGAACGCGGUGUGGUAGCCUUUUUUGAGGUUUUUAAAGACUUUGGUGAUUUUUGAAGCUUUUCCAAAACUUUCCCGACACCAUGCUUCGCAAGACGAAAAAAAUCGCAAGACGACAAAACUCGCAGAACGAAUUAAUUUCGUCUUGCGAGGCACCACUGUAAAUGGUUCUCCCUUUCCCCAUUUUAUUCUCAAGCACAACUGUAAAGCUGAGAGACCCUGAGUGGCCCAACACCACCUAGUGAACUACAGAAACCUGCUGUUAUAGGAACUGUGGUGUCUUCCAGAAUCAUUCAGAAAAAGUAUGAUUUUAUCUCACAAAUAGGCAAAGGAAUAAAGCUACACAUUGAAUGAAAUUUGGACUUUUGCAUUUAAACACUCAAUAGCACCAUCUGUUGGAGGCUCACCAUAAAUACCUAGCAUUUAUUAUUUCCACUAAGAAGUACAAAGUUGUACUUCUUACAACAGAAGUGCUGUUUCAAUGGUUAAGGUUGGAAUUUAGGGUUGUUAAUGUAAUAUAGAGGCUAUAAUUUAUUGACGCAAUGAAAAGACGAUACAUCAAAAGAAAAAAGAAGAAACGUUUACAAAACACCUUUAAAAACAAUGACUCUGACAUUGUGCAGUAUUGAAGGAAUGUCAGUUUUAAGGAGAAGUACAUAUGCCAGUAAUAAAUCUUAGCCUGUGUUUCUUUUGCAACAAGCAUUCUGUCAUCUAGACUUGUAUGGAGCAACAAGAGUUAUAAUAGCAAUUUAUCACAAGAAAAAUGGUGCGACUAUUGAAAGGGGUUUUAAAGAAGCCACAUAGCUUCUAGUACAAAUGCUGUGAUGUUUCACAGAAUAUCCUCUUUGGCAUGGAACUACACUUUGGUGGGUGUAAGGUUGCAUGGCACAAGAAAAAAUAUGUAUUUGGGAAUGCAUGGAUUAAGGGCAGCAUAAAGAGGCUUUAUUGCCAUAUACUAGAGUAAAGGUGUCACAUUGAUGUAAAGCGUAUUUACUCAUCCCGAUUAAAGUGCAAUAGAAAGGUAUGACAGUAGGUGGCAGUGAAGAAUUGCACUAGAGGAGCGCCCUGUUUGGAGGGGGGAAUAAUAUUUUCUUAGCAGUAGCAGGUUAUAGCUUGAGUGCUUGCAAAAUGUGAUACCUUCCAAGCUGAAGCACUUUCUAGAGGGAAAUGACCUGGAUCACGCACGGAACUGGUUUGUUGCAGUCUAAAUUGAUUGCACGAAAAGUGCUUUGGUUAGCUGCUGUACCACCCUGGGAAUUCUGUAUAAAGGAUUUCAAAGCACCUCGUUUCGCAAUGCAGAAAACUGCCAAGUGGAUCUACUCUUGCAAAUUCCCUAUUAUGAUUUUCCUGCAAAUUAAACAUCUCUUUGGCUUUUUCCAUGAGAAUCUAAAAAUAUAAUACUGAAAAUCUCUUUCAUUUCAGCGUUAUCUUGAAACCUAUGAGAACAUGUAUAAGCUGAAAAAUUUAUUGAGUAAACGCUACAGGACAUUGUUGAAUGAGAAAGUUAGAAAGCAACGAAUUCAGAUCAAGAUGUCUGAUCUCAGAGGCCAACAACUUCUUAAAGACAAAACAAAAAAGGUAGGAGAUGAUAUUCUGUAGAAGGAAAAGGAGAAGUUGCCUGGUUGACAUUUGCCCAAUUGAGAAUUUGCAUUGACUUUGAGGUCUUAUAAAUCAUGGCCACAGAGAGGAGAAAACUUUUAGAGUUUUCUCUCCCCCCCCCCCAUUUGUUUUGUUGAUUUUGUGCAGAGUUGUGCAAUAAAGUCAACAUUUCUUUUUAGAGUUGUCUAAGCUUUUCAUGAGCAUUCUGUCAGGUCCUGUGCAAAAACGUUUUUGCAUGCAGUUCUAGUAAACACUGCAAGCUAGCCUAUCAACAGAAAGAUUCUUGCUUUGGCCUUUACAAAAUGGCAGAAUCUGUAUGUUUCAUCAUUAAACUACUUCUCUGAAAUACUCCUUUUUUUGAUGCACUAAGGCAGCACUCAGCAAACAUUUUCAGCAGUCUACUGUCCCUCAGACCUUGUGGGGGGCCGGACUAUAUUUUGAAAUAAAUAAAUAAAUAACAAAUUCCUAUGCCUCACAAAUAACCCAGAGAUGCAUUUUAAAUAAAAGCAUACAUUCUACUCAUGUAAAACAUGCUGAUUCUCGGGCCGUCCGCUGGCUGGAUUUAGAAGGCGAUUGGGCCGCAUCUGGCCCCUGGGCCUUAGUUUGCCUUUCUAGGCACUAAGGUGUCUUAGAUAACUGCAGAAAGUGGGCAACCAUAUGCAUGCAUGGAUGUCAGAUGGUAUGUGCCAAGGCAGGGCUGGGGGUGGAAUCAAAUAACAAGUCAAGAGCAUAUCCUACUUGAGAGCUUCCCACAAAUUUCACAAACCUUCUGGUGCACACAGGGUCUUAAAUGUAGCUCAUUGGAGCCCAUUGUUCACAGUGCAGAGUCGAAAUACCCAUCCCUGCAUGCACAUGGGAGAAAUUGACUGGGGACCCUAAAAUCUGCUGAAGAUUUUAAUUCUUUUUGAUCUUGAAAGCCUUUGCUGUGCCAGCAGUCCUCAUUUUAGCCUCGUGAAUUUGUUUAUUAGACAAGCUAGAGGGUGGCGCUGUGGGUUAAACCACAGAGCCUAGGACUUGCCGAUCAGAAGGUUGGUGGUUUGAAUCCCCACGAUGGGGUGAGCUCCUGUUACUCGGUCCCUGCUCCUGCCAACCUAGCAGUUCGAAAGCACGUCAAAGUGCAAGUAGAUAAAUAGGUACCGCUCCAGUGGGAAGGUAAGCGGCAUUUCCGUGCACUGCUCUGGUUCGCCAGAAGCAGCUUAGUCAUGCUGGCCACAUGACCCGGAAGCUGUACGCCAGCUCCCUCGGCCAAUAAAGCAAGAUGAGCACCGCAACCCCAGAGUCGGCCACGCCUGGACCUAAUGGUCAGGGGUCCCUUUACCCUUUACUUUUAGUUCCUUCCAAACUUUGUCUGUUCUAUGGUGCCCUGUAUUUGAAAGAAUAUUGUUGUUUCUCUCUCAGGCAAGAAGGAAGCAGGCUAUCAGCAGUUACUGCAACUGCUUUUGAAAUGCUUUCAUAUGCAACCAAACUGAAUGUUUGGCUACCAUGCAGCAAACCCAGCUCAACACCCAUUAACUCUACUGGCAUGACCAGUGGUCAGGAAUUAUGGCAGUUGUAGUCUAGGAGAGCAACAGGUUCCCCAUCUUUGCUAUAUAGUGCUUCUAGUUUGGUCCCUUAGUGAACUUGCAAAAAAGGGGGGGGGGGCGGACUGGAAUCAUGCUAACUCAGAGUUUUGUAAACUGCUCUGCUUUGUUUAUUCUUCUGUCUGUGCUGACCCACUGGCUUCCUUGGUCUGGUGUGCAGAGUACACAGGAAUAAUGUGGUCUUUGGAGUACCAGGUGGCGUAAAGGUAGCAUGAUUGGAAUGGUACCUCCAGGACCUGCCAGAAGGAGGAUGCUGUGCUGAUAAGCCAAAAAAAUUGAAAUCCCAGUGUUUAAUGUUCAAAGGAGGACAUGAAUUCUGAGAACAUAAAGACCAAGCACAAGAACCCGCCAUGCAGUUCUUCUAUUGAAACUUAACCCUUUUGCCACAUAUUCACAUACAGUACAGUUGUAUUAUUUUUAGAACCAUUAAUUAUUAUUAUUAUUAUUAUUAUUAAUUUAAUUAUUAUUAAUUAAUAUUUUCAUCUAUGAAUCACUUCCCAUGAGUGUAACAUAGAUAAAACAGUUACAAAUAUAAAAACAGUGAAAACAAUUGCACAUAUAAAAACAAUUAUAAACAAAAAGUUUAUAAUUUUAUAAUAUAAAGUUUAUAAUCAUAUAAAUUCACAUCCAAAACAGAUUGGUUAUACACAUGUAGGCUCUGUUCAGACCUCUAAAUUGCGGGUGGAGAUCAUGUGGACCUGCAGAAGUUGCUCAACUCCAACUCCCAUCAUCCCUGACCCUUGGCUAGAUUGGAGUUUUAGUCCAGCAACACCUGCAGUUUCCCAAGUUCCGCAUUCCUGCUCUAAAGAAAUUCAUGUAGGGUAGAGAUGGAGUUUGUUGCUGUGAUCCCACUGCCACCUUCCCCGUAGGCACCCUGUGCAGCUUGAAUGUCUGGGGAAAAGGUUUAUGUUGCAAAAUGAGCUGGUACUUGAAUACGUAUGGAUUACUUGCAGAAGGCCAAACACAGAAUAUGUACUUGUUGUUUUCACACUAUAGUCACAAGCAAAGAACUUGUAAUUUCUGACGCACAACUCAGAGAGGCAUUUGUGGAGGAGUUGUGUGUGUUUCUGCUAGCACCAAGCAGUGCAAAUAGAACUGUACAAAUAGCUUGUGCAUCAUGUUGCAGAAAUGGCAGCACCCCACAAGAUAGUAAUUCAUAUGCUUGUUUUAUUUGAGAUGCUUGCACAUUUUUUAUCAUGUUCUAAGGCAAAUUGCUGCAUUUCUAAAGAUUCCUCUGCAAUUUACGGGAUUGAGCUUCAAAAAACCCCCCCAAACAUUCAGGUCAUUAAGAAUAAAUGCCAAUUUUUAAAUGAUGGUGUUUUCUGGUAUGUUCAAGGUUUUAGAGCAUUUUAUUUAUUUUAAAAUAAGUUGUUAAUUGUGAAGCCUGAGAAUCCAAAAAUAAAACAAAUGAAACUGGUAAACUGAAAACACAUUGCGUGCAUUGACUAGUUUGGAAGGAAUUAAGCACACAGAGAGAAAUUGCUUUUUCUGGCUUAACUUUGUAUAAUAUAAGAUGUAAAUAGUGUCAUUUAAUGACUGCAAUCUUAGAUGGACUUCCUUGGUGUUGAGAGUGCCUAUUAAGUAUAAAUUCAAAAUGAAUUUCUUCAGCAAUGCACAUUUGGACCUUCCAUAUACAUUGCGGGACUUUGAUUUUACUUUUAAAAAAGAAAAUAACGAUAUUGCAUUUUAUAAGUGCUAAAAAGACACUUUCUUCUAUUUCUGUUUACUACUGCCGAGUCGAUACAUUUCUAUUUUUGUGACAACAUAAAUGGUUAUAAAAUUAACUUUAGGAAAAACUGUUCCUGUCUGUGCACAUUUCUGAAAUAUUUAAGAAUUGAAGCAGGUCAAGCAGAAUUGUUCAUCAGGUUUUCACCAAGUAUUUAAACAGCCAUCACAAACCUUGUUACAUGUUUUUAAAAAUGAGAAUUAUUAUUCACACCAACUACGCACAGUUUUUGUCCAAUUAAUCAUAAGAACACAGGGAAGAAAUACAUUAUAUAUUCUAAAAUAAUCUGGAACCACUAUGUUGAAAAGGCAAGUCGGUUUUAAGAGGCUAGUUUAGUUACUAAGCAGACCUGUAUAAAAAUAAAGAGUUGCUUCUUUCAUUUGACUCCUCAUAUGACUCUGAAGAGCAGAGCCUGAGCUUUUUACUGCAAGGUGGGAGGAAGACGCCUUCUGUCUUGGGAAGGCUAAUAUAUCAGGCUGUCUCUACAAACCUAUGUUAAAACAGAGACUGUAGGCUUAUUAGCAUCCUAUUAAUAUGUGCAUAAAAUGUAGUAUGUGUCUCAGCCCAAAUACACAGAUUGGGAAAUCAAAGAGAAAUCCUUCACACCUUUUGCUGGCUUCAUCCUGAACUUUUAUUUAUCUUAAAACAACUUCCUUAAGAGAAUUUCCUCUUCUAAAGGAAACACUUAUCCAUAUUUAACAGGCAAAUUCUGAGUUGAACUAUCUUUAUAGUUGUGUGAUCACCAAGAGACCAGAAACUCCUUUAAUUGUUAUUUUUAAUGUUGACAUGAAUGGAAAAGUCAUUUUGAAUGACAGUUUGGACUUUGCUUUCAUCUGAAAGGUGAAUAAUAAUUUUAAUAACAACUUCAGUAAUUGCCCUUUAAAAAAGUUUGCCUUUCUUUAGAAAACAUCAGAAAUAAAGUAUAUACCAUUUCUGAACAAGAUUUCUCUUUAAGAAAUAAAACUUCAAUAACCUCAGGCAGUGAAAGAAGUCCUGCAGUGAAGAAGAACAGUUCUAAUUUAAUUUGAAUCUGUUUAUUACACAAUGGGUUGUAUCAAACAAAUUUCUGCUCCAUGUAGACAAACUGAAAAGAUCUACGUUGGACAUGCCCAUAAGCCCUAAUGGGUCUACUCUCAGUAUGACUAAUUUUGGAUACAACCCAUUAGUAUGUUGUGUCAAGCUUUGCAAAUUUCCUUUUGUUUUGAAAUUGCCUGGUAUUACUAUUUAUAGUAAACGGUGACAACCAGAACACUUACUUCAUAUGGCUGCAUUUUGUACAGAUUUCACUCAAUGCAUUUUUUUAUAUAGACAAGUUCAUGUUAAGAGUGUUAAAGUAAACUUUGCAAUAACACUGACCCCUGCAGUGGGGAAACAAAAAACGCCAUAUUUCUACAAACAUGUAUUGUGUUUUUGUGUGUGGAACUUGAGAUGAGGCUAGUGCUUCAAAGCAGUAUCUAUCUCUGUGUUGAAUUUUCCCUUUGCCCAUGGGCGGGGGCAGGGGGGCAGCUGCCCCACCCCAAUCAAGUAGAUCAAUAAAAAUACAGUCGUACCUUCGAUCCCCAAUGCCUUGCGACUCAAAUGUUUUGGCUCCCGAAUGCCACAAACCUGGAAAUGAGUGUUCUGGUUUGCGAACCUUCUUUGGAAGCCAAAUGUCCGACACAGCUUUGAUUGAGUGCAGGAAGCUCCUGCAGCCUUGCUUUUUUAACGUUUUCAGAAGUCGAAUGGACUUCCAGAACAGAUUCUGUUCGAGAACCAAGGUCCGACUGUACAGUGGUACCUCAGGUUAUAUACGCUUCAGGUUACAGAUUCCGCUAACCCGGAAAUAGUGCUUCAGGUUAAGAACUUUGCUUCAGGAUGAGAACAGAAAUUGUGCUCCAGCGGCGCGGCGGCAGCAGGAGGCCCCUUUAGCUAAAGUGGUGCUUCGGGUUAAGAACAGUUUCAGGUUAAGAACGGACCUCCGGAACGAAUUAAGUACUUAACCCGAGGUACCACUGUACUUAACUAACUGAAGUUCUGCCUCCCUAACUUGAAGGCUACCCCCCCAACAUAAAUCCUAGCUACACCCAUGCCCUGCAAACAUCUGGGCACCUUUACACAUGCCAAGACAGCUUCUUCCUAUGCUUUUCCCAACCCUACCAAAGGCAGUCAAUGAGAUGUGCAUGAGGGAGAAUAAACAUCGGAUGGUAAAAUAGUAUGGGAGAGUUAGCCAGGAAAUGGGAAUCUGUAAAUGAAAAUACAAUUCAGGAGUGGUAUACUGCCCUAUACCUGUAGAUCUCAGGGUGGUUCACGAGGGGUACGGUCCAUUACUCUGGCAGAGAAAGUAACUCAACAGAUUAUUAGGGGUUCCAGAAACCUCAACUGUAUGUAGAUGACUUUUACAGUGCUCUCACAUUUUCCAGUCCACCAGAACGCUCUAAAAAUCUGUACUUGAGAAAAUAUUUGGGAAAUGCAAUGCAGGUCUCACACAACACAUUUGGGACUUCAGUGCAGAUUGUGAUUGAAUGGGCAACUUUAGUGGGUUGUGUAGUUUUAGUUUGUUACAUUGUUAGUGCCGGAUGAAACGAGACAGUGUACUUCCAGGGUAGGGGGAAUGUACUAAUAGCUCCAUUGCAGGUAGCGAGAAAGCAGCAGAGCUCAGCAUCAAGAUCAACUUGGGAGACUGGGAAAAGUGCUUUUAUUGCACCAUCGUUCCAUCCAGUGCUCUAGAUUGCUGCUUUAGCAAGAGAGAUGUCAGGUACCUACGAAGGCACUGGUGAGCUAGGUAGGCCUCUCCCCUGUGGACUGAUUACACUUGCUGCUUCCACAUAAGAUGGAGCAGCAUUUCCAAAGGAAGGGAAUUCUUACAGCCAUCCAUAAAAACUGCCCUUGUGAGACACAGGGCCUUGUAGUGGUGGCAUCUCCCCCUGAGUGAGAUUUGGAUGGCUUCCUUGAAACUCAGACAGAAACGCAUUUAUUUCAGUAGAGUAUUACGGUGUAAUUCUGCUGGGGGGGGGGUUGAAAAUAACUUUUGUUGGCUAGUUUGUAUUUUUUUAACAACAUGAUUGUUGUGUAUUGUAUUUUUCACUGGUGUAAACUGCUCUAUAAUAGGGAUGGGGAACUUGCGGCCCACCAGAUUUUUCUGGACUGCAACUCCCAUCAUCCCUGACCAUUGGUCAUGCUGGCUGGUACUGGUGGAGUCCCAGAACAUUUGGAAGUCCACAGGUUCUUCACCUCUGCUAUAUAAGCAGAAGAGUGCCAUAUAAACAUAUUUUUUAUUAUUAGUAAUAGACAAACAGUGAUACAGCUCUUCGCUGACACUUGAUAUUUCAUGCAGAAUUAUAGGUUUGUGGUUCAAGUGCUCCACCACCUGCCUGCUUAGGCCCAAAUGUACUUCUGCUGUUUCAUAUUUUAAAAUAUUAAUGUAAAUUUUCAGUUGUCCACACCCCCAACCUAAUUCAGUAUUUCUUUCUUUUACAUUUUUAGCUCAUUUUACAAUGUAUAUAAAACCGAUAGAACAAUUAUAACAACAAGCAAAAAAGACGUAAAACAAAACUAUAGUAAAGGCACAUAGAAUGAGUAGUUGCAUAUGAGUUAAAAUAACAAAGUCUAAGUAAAGACUAUCAGUCUUAUCAGCUCAUGUAUCGUUCCAGAUUUGCCAAGCUGGUGACAAGGGUUGUAUUGAAAAUACGUGGUAUUUUCGUGGUAUGUCAUGAAGGAAUGCCAAAUCAUAUAAAGUGUCUGGAGGCUCCAGUCCUUGUCAAAAUCUCAAAUUAUGUGUGAUUUUCUCCAUUAUAGCUAUAUUCCAGAGUAAGUGAUAUCCAGGUGCCCAGUGUAAGAUUUUGGGCUAUUUUCCACUGAGUUACAAUUACUGUUUGUGCUGCCGAGAUCAUUUAUAAGACCAAUUCUUUUGACCAAAUAUUUACAUUGAUAUAAUAAAAAAUAUUCAAUAACAUUAAUUUUGUACAACAAACAAUAUUUUCUUUAGCAAUAUUUAUCAUUUCUGUCAAAAUUAAAUUCCAAAAAUCUUACACCAGCUGACAUUCCUACCAUAAAUGAUACAUAUUAUAAUAUGUACCAAGCCUAUUGCAGCCCCUCUGACAAUUAGGUGAUAUAGAAGAAAACAUGUUUGACAUUUGCAAAGGAGUGUGAUACCAUCUGUGUAAUAAUUUUAAUGAGUUUUCCCUAAGAAAACUGUCAACAGAUUUAAAGGGUUGUGCUUCACAAAUUUUAUUCCAGUCCUUGGGAAGAAUUUGUGUUCCAGUAUCCAGUUCCCAUGUCUUUUAAAGGGGUUCCAUAGAUCCAUAAGUUACAUUAAGCAAUAUCGAGUACAAUUUAGAAACUAUUUCCCCUCUCUCUAUCCAUUGUGCUUAAUAAAUUUCCAAAUUUGUUAAGGGUCUCAGAGGUUGUGCCUUUACAUUUUACUUUAUAAUAAAACUAAGAAUUUGAUUAAAAUAAAUCCAGUGUGUGUUAAGAUUUGGCAAAGUUUAUUUUAUUUACUUAAUAGAUAUAGGUUGAUUAAUGCUAUAGAACUAUCAUAAUGUGUAUUAACCUUUGGAUUCCCAGUGUUCAAAUUGCUUAUCUCUCCCUGGCUGGACUGUUAUUUCUUUUUGAAUGCUGUAUAUCACAGAGACAGAUAUACAAUCGCCUACAGCAAAGUGUGGACCUUGCAGAAUUUUUCAAAUAAAACAGAAGGGCUAGCAUACAGGCAGCAAAGUUAACAGCAUCCUAAAGGCAACAAUCAAUUUACUAUGCUUACUUUGAAAUGAUACCACUCUAUUGUAACAAGAAAGGUAGCACAGCAUUGCAACAGAUGCGGGAGGUUGCAAAAUGGAUGGAUUGUAAAUAAACACAGCCGCUCUACUCAUUAGGCAUGUUAGCUGUAUGUUCUGAGGCUCAAUGAGCCAACCAAGGGGGCUCAAAAACACUCUGCAAAACUGCAUAUUCUACCUCUCAAUACUUUUUCCAAAUCGUUAUUUUGUUGUUUCUCCUUGCUGGAAGAGUUCGGCAAUAAAACAGAGCUAGGCUAUGAUGAAAUGACAAGGAAAUACAGGCAAAUGCUCUUCUCCCUACCAUUUGAAUUUCAGUAACUUUAUUGGUACUAUAAAGUUUUAAAGUGCGGAGAAAGUUAGAACAAUCAAGUGGUAGUAAAAGGCUGCCCCCCCUUGCCACCCCAUAAAGGCUUGCUUUAGCUUUCAUAAUCCAUUUACAGGUCCAGUGCAUGAAUCAGUUUCUUCGCUUUUUCACAGGGGCCUGCUUCAAAAGGAACUGCUCUUAAGUUUAUAUUUUUCUCCAGUGUUACCAUAUUAAUGCCUAAAUUUUGAUUCACUCACAUUUAUAAGUGCCGGUUCACUUUUUUCCCAUUUAUAAAUAAUUAGCACAACAGCAAAAGUCCUAUACAAAAAUGAUGUUAUAAUGAGAAGAGUUAAAACAAUUUAACAAUCAACCAUUAUCAGCCUACCUUUGAUCAGUAGAUGACGAGCUUGUUAAAAUAGUACCUUCCAAAAUAGCCUAUAGUUGCUAGGAGACAAAACAAGGGAUCAGGAACUCUCCAGUUUGAAUCUUCGCUGUGCCAUGUACCCACUAGUUUGCAUUAAGCAGGCCAGACUUUCUCAGUCACAGCCACUUGUCUGCAAUAUGAUCUCAGCCCCUCUUUAAACUUCCAUGAUUGUUGUCAAUGUUAAAACAAGAUAUGUGUGUGUGAAAUGCUACAUAAAUACUAAGUAGGUGAGAUUAUUCGUUUGUUUUUAUUAUAUGUUUGUUUGUUUUCUAUCUUGCCUUUUUAUGUUGUGAACCGCUCAGAGAUCUACGUUUGAAGGGCGGUUGGUAUACACAUUUAAUAAACAAAUUAACUCUGCAUGGUAGUCUGGUAUUAUUAUCCUCUUUUUGCAGUUGUAGAUGGGGACGAGGCUGAGAAUAUAGGGAUUUUCUCAGGUUAAUCCAUGACUUUGUGGACAUGGGGCUGUAACUCACUGGGAGCUUGCAUGCAAAUGGUUCUAGGCUCGGUGCCUGAAAUUGCUCAUUAAAAGGAUCAGGGAAGAGGUGAUGGGAAAGGUGUUGUAGAUGCUUUGCUUUCAGAACAGAUAACACUGGGCUCCAUGGGCCAAUAGUCCAACUCAGUGGCCUGGUUCAGAUGUAACAGAAAAUGGUCGUUUCCUCCUUCUUGACUGAGUCAAGGCAAGUUUCAGGCUCACUUGUUUCCUCACACUUCCUUUUUUGUGCACCGAAAACAAAUCCAAGUGAACAUUUUUAGGACUGAGCCUUCUGCUGAAUUUUGAUCCAAAAAUAAUUUUUCUUCCAUUCCGGUAAGGUGUUGCCUUUUUGAAAGUACUUUCAAUAAAGAAGAUGCUUGAAGGGUGGUUUUUUUUAAAAGCAAACAUUUUCUUAACAAAUAUUGCUUUAAAUCUACAUAACUGUUGUACACGGAAGAAAAUGGAGAAGACAAAGGAAGUUCUUGCCUCUGCUUAAUUUCUUCUUGCCUCCAAAGUAUUUUCCUUUGGGCAGACAGUCAUUGUGCCUUCUAAUGACACAAACUUGAAGGGAAGUAGAAAAAAAGACUACAAACAGGUUUUAUAAGCCUAUCAAUGGGAAUAUGUGGCUACAAAUUGCUGAGUAAAUGGAACAGCCUGCUUCCUAAGCCUGAGUCUGUGAGUCUUAUGUCAAAGCAUUUGGGGUGGGGCAAAAACACCAGGGGGUGUUAGGGAUACCUGCUGAGCCCUAAUUGGUGCCCACUGUUGUUAAUGGCUUCCUGUGGCUGAAUGUUUACUUGUCAUUUGUUUUGAGCUUUGUUUCCCAGCUACUAGGGAAAAAAUACUGACCAAUUUUUUUUUUAAUCUUCUUUUGAAAAAGUGUAUCUCCAGUCCCAGAGUGCCCUUCUGCAGUUUGUCUCAUGAUACAAAAUACCUGGAGUCCAUGCCACACUCAAAAAGUUACCUGGUAAGGUACAGGUCUCAGCUUGCUCUUAUUAUUGGUUUUAGUGGAUGGUUUUAGACUAUGUUAUAAGGACUAGAAAGUAUCCCAAGAAAAUUUACUAUCUUUUUCUUUGGAAUACCCAAGUGUUCUCUUUUACGGGAUGUUGGUUCUGUAUCUGUCACUGCCAGCCACAUGUGGCACAAGUGACUAAUCUGAAAGUGAAGUACCCUACAGAUCUGGACUUCAACCAGAAAGAAGCACUUCCAAAUCUGAUUCCUAUUAAGUGUCUGAAAGUCGCCUUGGUUAGUUAGUUAGUUUAUUAUAGUCACACAUCCCAAAGCAUCCCAAAGCAAUUCACGUAUCGAGAGGUUUCCAAAAGCAAUUUACAAUAGUGAAAUGUGAAGUGCCUAAACAUAUUAUAUAAAACAUUACAGCCAUAAUGUACAAAAAGCGUUCAUCCACAGAAAAAGUAAUCUAAAACACAACACAAUAUAUCUGCUUGCUCAACACAAGAUGAACACCAGUAUCACUGAGCACUGAAAGCAAUUAAAUCCUUUCUGAAAUUCAUGGGCAUUAUAGACUUCUGUGUAUCCAGACAGCAAGCACAGUAUAGCUUAACAUUGAUUUCAACUUUCCCAGGCCUCUAACCAGAAGAAGGACCACAACUUCCAACUGUUUCCCAUUGUUAAUAUCUGUUCAAGCCUGCCUACUACCCCACGAUUGUUUGUUCGCACUAGGAAAAUUAUAAACUUGAAAUUUAAAAAUUGGCUACACAGCUGUUGGCAGAUAUCUGCUUUAAAUUACAGCAUCAACUAAGGAGUAAACAGUGGGUAAGACUUUGACUUUUAUGCAGAUCUUCUUGAUGAUCUGCUGCCCUUAUGGAGAUUUGUUUUGUUUUGUUUUGUUUGAACUACAAAUUGAUCUUAAACAGUUACUCACAUCUCUUUGUGAAAAUGCAAUUUAUCUUCAGGAACUAGCUCUUAAUCUACAUAUCUUAAAGUACUUUCUCAAAUGCAGAUUUUCACUUUUGGAUACAUAAUAGGAAUACAUGUCAUAACCAUGGAGAAAAAUGACUUUCAGUUCUAAAGUAGUGUAUGCACUGAUACUAUAUAUAUUCUUACAUAUUAUCAUUACGUGCAAUUUUCUCUAAUGGUUUGUUUCCCUGUAUGCUAUGUUCCGUUACUGAGUUGUUUAAUUUGAUUGUAGGUAUAUGGCAACUUUAACAGAUUCCUUGCCAAUUCCAAGAAAGUAGUCCUGUUAGUCUGUAGCAAGAGACCUUUCAUUCAUUGUUGAAGGCCGUGUGGCCUUCAAUUUGAAUUAGCCUGACCCUCUAUUCCCUUUUCGCUUUUCCUUUUCGAUGAAGAAACCCUUCCUGGGACCCUACAUUUUAAUUCUUCCUUGGUCUCCUUGCUGGCCCUAGUGAUCAUUUGAUGUCUACUGACUGGGGUUUUUGUUUUGUUUUUUUCCAAAAUGACCCCUGAAUUUUUGAAUUGUAUUGAUAUUGAUGCUGCAUUUUAUGUUGUAUUUUAUGCUGUUUUAUGCAGUUUUUAAGUCGCAUCUUAAUCAAUGUUUUAUAUUUGCUGUCAGCCGCCGUGAGCCCGGUUUUUAAACCAGAAAGGGCGGGGUAUAAUUUUAUUAUUGUUGUUGUUGUUGUUUAACUCAUUUGCUUCCAACUCACUCAGUAAAGGUAGCUGAAGAGAUGUAAAAUAUAUUCACCUUCUGCAGAAAGAAAAAGAAAUUUACACUCAUGCGAGCAGAUGAAGAAAAUAAAUCCAAUUGUCUGUUUUAAAGGGGGAAACGAGUAAAGCUAGUCUGACUGAUUAUAUUGAUUUUUAAAUUUGUAAAUAAAAGUUUCUUUGAACAGAUGCAGUUAAAAAAGGAUUACAUAUUGUAACUUCUUUGACUGGAGUUUGUUUUAAUAUACCAAGACAAACUAUAAGCUGUAUGCCCAAAACCAAUAUUUUAAAUCAAUUUGUAUUUGCUUUCACUUAGAAGCCACUUCUGUAUUUAGCACACAACAUAAAAUGCAAAUCCUGUUAACUUGACAGGGAUCAGAUAUAUCCUGCUAAUGUGAUGGCCCUUAAUCUGCAGGCAAGUAGGCAGCCACAGUGGGACCAGGACACUCUUGUGCCCCUGCCUUUUAGCUAAUGGAUAUGCCAUAAACUGCAAAGAAGACUAGAGGGAAACACACAAUUCAGCAAUAUGCUUCUGGUUUCGUUACAAGCCUUGCAAAAUCCAAUCUAACCAGCAGUUUCUGUCCACCAUAAAUAGCAUAUCCAAAAGUAUCACAGUUCCCAUGAUUCAGUAUCUGGUUAAUUUGAGAUGUGAUACUUGAUAAAAUAAACCAUGUUAGAUUUGGUUUUGGUGCUUGUCCAUAUGCCUCUCUUAUUCUUAUUCUUUCUCAUUCUCUCCUAAGAUUAUAGGAUUGCAGAAUGAAUUAACUAAACUUGGAAUCUUAAAGAACCAACAAGACAAUGAAAACUUUUGGAAACUCAUCCAGGCAGGCAUUCAUGGUUCAAAGCUCAAAGAAAAGCUUCCAGAUAUAAAAGAAAAAAGCUGAGUAUCUUUAUAAUGUUUUCAUUUUAGAACAGCUAAAAAUGUCUCAUCCCCAUAGGUAACAGUGUAGAUUUAAUGAACUUGGUGGGAAGCAGAUUCAUUCAGAUCAGAGUAGUACCCUCAAGUACACACUUGUAUUGAACAACUGCUUUCCCUGAUGAUGACGUUUUCCUCUGGCAAUUCCCCGCCCCCAUAAAUUUUGUUAUUCUAGCUCGGUGGGUUUUUUUUGGGGGGGGUGUUUUUGAGAUUGUACAGCCAAAAACACCAGAGUCUAGAACCCCACCUGAGAGGGAGCUCCAGGAGGAAAAUUGCGGGCAGGAGAAAAGUGGUCUUCUCCCAUCUGCCAGCUCUAUCCCAGAAACUGCCCCCUCUAGAUUCAACUUUGCAGUGAAGCCCACUCACAUCAUAAAGAGCUCAUAACGGAUAAAAAAGCCAAGCCGAGAGGAAGGCAGUGAGAGCAGCGGGCUCUGAGUGGAACAAUGCCAAAAUCAAAAGAACUUGUGUCUUCAAGCUCAUCUGCCAGUGAAGUUGACAAAAAGGUGAAAAGGGAAAAACAAGCAGUGCCUGAAAAGCCUGUGAAGAAACAGAAGUCUGGUGAAAGCUCCAAAGUGCUGCCUCCUCCAAGCAAAGUAGCAACAGAGAUGAGAAUAUGUUUCGGAUUGGUAAAAUGAGAUAUGUCAGUGUUCGUGAUUUUAAAGGUAAAGUCCUAAUUGAUAUUAGAGAAUACUGGAUGUAUCAAGAAGUGAAAUGAAACCUGGCAGAAAAGGUAUCUCUCUAAAUCCAGAACAGUGGAGCCAGUUGAAGGAACAGAUUACUGAUAUUGAUGAAGCAGUAAGAAAACUGUAAAGAUGAGCCAUGCAGAAACUCCACUCUUAUAGGUUUAAGUAGUCUUUUUACAUUGGCAUUCAUUUUCUAAACUAUUUGUUUUCCAAGCUAUUGUAUAUCUGGAUUGCAAAACAAUUUGCAAGAUGAGUGCUUUUUUAAUGUACAUUAAAAGUGUAUUCUGAGUGAAGUUGAAAAAAAUAAAAAAAAUAAAGAGCUCAUAACCCACCUACUCUCAGAAGCCAGAAACAUCAUAGCCAGACACGGGAGAGACCUGUCAGGUAUCAAAUGGACCAAUGGUAUCAAAUAGUAUGAGAAACAGCCUUACUAGAAAAACUAACCGAUAAACUGAAACUGACACAGGGACAAAUAGAGGAAGAUGCCUUCACCCUGGUAUGGCUCCCCUUUAUCACCCUGGUAUCACAUACACAGCCCAACAAGACAAUGACAAAAAAAUCCACCAACAGCAUACAAAUCAGUGUGGUUAACCUGAUCCAAAAUCACCCACCCACCCCACUCACACAUGAAAACAAAGUUCACUACAGCCAAUCACAAACAAACAACCACACCCUAGGCCAACCCCAACCUCUCUCACCACCAAAGGAAUACAAGCGAAUAGUAAGGAGAACCCGCACAACUGACGCUGACACAAAACCCCACACAUACGCUAAGUAGAAUAGAAACAUUGCCACCUGACCCCACACCCACUCACCAUGCCCCCUCCACCUCUUUCCCCUUUUCUUCCUAAUGUAAUAUUAAUGUCUCAACAAAUGAAACUGAUCUAUAGAAAAUGUAACUUGAAAAAAGAGACAUUGCACAUAUUUUUGUAAACCGAGAAAUCUUUAAUAAAAAUAUGUUUAAAACAAAACAAAAACAAAACUUUGCAGUGAAGAAGCAAGAGCAAUAGGCAUCUGGAAAUACAAAUUUGCUAGUAAUAUGUAAUACAUAAUUGAGUUAUUAACCACAAAGAGUCAACAACAAAUGACGAAAAUUUUUUUACUUAAACACUUUGUGCUUUUAAUCGACAGUGUUAGCUACAAAGUCUUUGCCUCUGUCAACUUCAGCAAGAACCAGUCCAGUCCAGCCUGUUGAUGGCUUUAAAAACAGUAGCAGCCUGAAAAAAGUAAGCAAAUACGUGUUUCUGUUUAUAACCUUGGAUUUCUAAGCACUCUACUUUAUGAGGCUUCUAAUUAUAGUCAGCAGUCUUAACUCAGCUUGAUGAGUGGGUGGGAGAUUUCUCUGAUAAGACGCUUCAUGUGAUGCUUAAAUAGGCCUUAACUUUUCUACGUAUCUGAAUGAAGCUACAUUUUAUAGUCCUGUAAAAUCUAUGGCUUCCUGAACUGUGUUGAUAUCAGGUUGUGUCCUGUUGCUUUCAGUAAGUCUACUUAAGAAGGAUUCAACCUAUAAUUCACAAGUAACUCCCUCCAGGCUAGAAGAUUUCCUUAAAAUGACCAUAAGUUAUUUACUCCUUUGAUUCAAUAUUCUACAUUUUUAUAAGUAGCUAACUCAACAAUUGCUUUCAUGGGGUAGGGAGCACAAUUGUACACAAAACACCUUUUGUGCAGGGCGCUCUGCUCAGUAUUUAACUUCUUAAACUAGUAGUGGUGGGACAACCAGCUUGGAAGCAUCUUCCCAUCCUUAGAUGCCUGUGUGUUUUAAGGAACACCUGUCUACGCAACUUGAAGAUUGACAGCAUAUUAAAGAAAGCCAAACAGAAUAAAGGUGGUAGAACAUUAGCAUAUACAGUGGUACCUCGGGUUAAGAACUUAAUUUGUUCUGGAGGUCUGUUCUUAACCUGAAACUGUUCUUAACCUGAAGCACCACUUUAGCUGCCGCACCGCCGCUAGAGCACGAUUUCUGUUCUCAUCCUGAAGCAAAGUUCUUAACCUGAGGUAUUAUUUCUGGGUUAGCGGAGUCUGUAACCUGAAGCAUAUGUAACCCGAGGUACCACUGUAAUGAUCAUGUCCUGAAAAAAAGUCAUAAUCAUAAGAUACUUUCUGAGAAGAGCAAAAUUUUCAAGGUCACCACAAACUGGGAUGCUUGAUACCAUUUCUGGCACCAAAGUUGAAUAUAAAACAUGGCCUUAGAGGAGCUUGGAGACAGUCAUGUAGCCCAUCAAAUGGGCACAAUAAACAGGUUGCAAUUAGAGGGAGCAGAUCCUGUAUCUCACUGCUGGAGUUGGUAGCAUUACCUCUUUAUCCACCCCAACCCUGAAUUUCAGCUUCUGGGUUAUACGUUCCAUUAUUCACCCUCCUCCUCCUCCUCCUCAGGGCUGUUAAGUUUUGGAAUUUGGAGGGGCAUUAGGGUAGGUUUGGAAAAGCAGCACUUACCUCCUUUCCUUCUCCCUCAAGGCCUCAGGGAUAGAUAUAUAGUUGGGGAGUGAAAAAGGAGUGAAUUGGCAAAGCACUCUCCAUUUCCCACCCUUGAAAGGUGCUAAUCUGGUAACAUAAGAAUUCUUGCAGUGAAUUGGUUCACAUAGCCCAGCAUUUUGCUUCUGAAAAGUGGGCCAUUGGAUACCUUUGAAAGCCCACAAUCAGAGCAUGAAGUUGAUACUGGAGACAGAUAGAUGAUUGUCCCCAGCCCCAGGUGCUGGGAGGCGUAUACACUCUGAAUAUGGAGGUUUCUUUUUAACCAUCAUUCUCUCUAUUUCUGCUGUUCAGGUUGUGGGUGUUAUUGCUGAUGUAGCAAAAGAACACCACUCAACAAGGAGAUACUGGCUGGCUUGGGGAAGCUUGCUGAAGUACAAAAAUAUUGAGAGGGGAAACUAAGGGAGGAGGGACUCCACAAAGAGCCCAGUGGCCACAGAAUGCUGUUAUGGGGAGGCAGGGAGGAGGAAUUGAGUAUUUUGGAGGAAGGCAUGGCUGUCUGUCUGGAACAGAAGCACUUCAUACUUCAACAUUUUCUUGGAGGUCCAACACGCUACGACUAACAGCUGUUGACAAGACUUAAUCCUUCAUAAAUUUGUCUUGCCCUUUAAAGAUCUGUCUAAGCUAAAUCAUCACAUCUUCAUGUACUGAUAUCCAUAAAUUAAUUCCAUGGCAGACCGGGAUCAGUAGUGCUCCUCAUUCCUGAGAAACUCCCAACAAACCCCACGACAUUAUUUAGAAUGCAAAGAAAACAUUUUACUUUGGGUCUGAAACUGAAAUCUGUUUGGGACUUGCCUUAGAAAUUCUUUCCUGCAGGUACUUCUGAGUGACUUCUGUAAUUGUUUCCCAACGGAGGGAGGAUUAGUGGAGAUGUCACCAAACCGUUAGGAGGGCCUUGUUAGCCUUUCAUCCUACCCCAGUCAAAGGUAGGCCACAUGGGCCCCUGUUUGCCUGGCCUAAGACAAAUAUAUAUUGGCUGAAUCCUUAUUACUGUGUGUCUGAGGGAAGCAGGGGAAAGUGUUCGCAGAUACGUGAGAAGAAAAUAAAAUGGAGAAAUGGAGACGCACCCUUUAUAUUGUUGGAAUGCCUAAGGGCCUCUUGGAACUGAAUUCAAAUCUUAUUGGAGAUUACAGUGUGAUAGAAAGAGAGUUAAAAGCAAGAAAUAAAUAAAGCAAGCUAUGUACAUCUAGCUUUCAGAAAGGCUUGGUAGAGCUUCUGCUUUGCGCUCAGAAGUUUUCAGAUUCAAUCCUAGACAUCUCCAGGUGGGGCUGACAGAGAACCCCCAUCUGAAAUCCUGGGGAGCUACUAUAAAUAACGCUGACCCUAGAGAGACAAAUGGUCUUACUCGGUGUAAGGCAGCUUCCUAUCUAGCCAAGGUGAGUAAACCAAAUGAGGUCAAGUGAUUUUGUGAACUGUUCCACCUUUAUAUUUUCAACAACUGGAAUCAUAAUAAUAAAAAAUAUUUUAAUUCACUUUGUUUCUGAAAUCGUGGCUUUCUGAUAUGUGCUGAAUUCGGCAUCUUGACAUUGCUCUUUUUUUUAAAGCAUUUAUUCUUUACCAAUAACUGUAGAGGGAGAAAAUAAGCCAAGUGAACAUUGCAAAUAAAGUGAGGUUUUUUUCAUUUAGGAAACAAACCAUUCUUUCCCAUGUAUGCCAUACAAUAUUCAACUUCUAAAGUUGCUCUUUUACUUCUCUUCAUUCUACAUGUUUUUGAGUUGUUGAGAAAUACUUCUUGGCAGGAGUGGGGCGGAAUAUUCUCACCUGGGAGCCACAUUUGCAAAUGGAAAAGCAAGAGUUUGCACUAAUAAAUGACUUGUCUGAACAAGUCAUUACAAAUCUUCCAGGCUUCUUACUAAUUUUGGUAAGUGAAUCCCUCCCUCCACCUGCUACUGCCUUAUAGCGUACCACAGACUCCUACUAAGGGGGUUAGAAGCUCAGUGACAAUGCUAGCAGCUGAUUUUGGCAAGUCUUAGCCAUUGACUACAGGCUGACUGCUGUUGGAAAUGUAAUGUUUUAUUAAGUGCAGCCUGAUUUGACCCAGCAAAGGCUUUCUUAUUCUGGGCAAAAGCUUGACAUAGAGAGCUCCUAAACCUGUAGAAUCUUCUCCACCUACUGCAGUAUUUGGUACUGCUUCGCAACAAGCAGUGAAAAUAUUCACUUACUGGAACCAAUGACUUGUAACCAGGUCUCUCUCACCCAAACUGAUUCUCCUCAGAUCCCUGUUGACCCCAGCCAUUUAUGCACAUUAUAGACAAAGGAGGCUGAGGAAAUCUUCUCUCCCCAAGUCGUUUUAGGGUUAUUUACUGUAUGUGUGUAUGCCUGUUUUGUCAUUUUCCAUCUUAAUCCAAGUACAGUUAGCUCCUCUUCCUCCUCUCAUUCAGAAAUACUAUUCUUGAGAAAUGUGGCCAAUAUAGCACAAGAAAUCUGGUGCAAGUCUGAGCUUAGUUUGCAUUUUGGAGUCUAUUUUCUAUUCUUUCCUAUGUGGUUCACCAUCCGAGCCUGUGGGACUGGCUUUUAAAAGGUAUAGCACUCACUCAAAUGUCAACACACUCUUGCCCAGUUUUUGAAUUUGGUUUCUGCUACUUGUAUGAUCAAUUUGUAGGUUGUGGUUAGAGUGAUGGACCCGGGUUCAAAUCCCCACUAGUUAUGAACUUCACUGGGUAACUUUGGCUCAAUCACUGUCUUUCGGUCUAACAAGAUUGUUGUGAAGAUAAAAUGGGGAGGAGGGGGACCAUGCGCACUGCUUUCAGCUCACUGGAGGAAAGGCAGGAUGUAAAUGUAAUAAUAAUAAUAAUACUCUGUUCAAGAAGACAGAAAAUAAUAGGUGUCUAUAUCUAUUAUUAUAUUCAGAGCAUCUGUUGUCUUCCAUAUUGCACUGUCAUUUGCUGAAGUGCAAAGUAAUUGUUAAUUAGAUGGUUAAGUAGAUCCCAGCUAACCUGUAAAAUGAAGUACAUUUCAAGUACUAGACCAUGUCAGUUGCUCACAUAUCUAGGUAGCUAACUAGAUACACAAAGACACACAAACUGUGGAAGAGUAGUUAUACUGAGAAGUUUGAAUCAAGUGCCAAAAAGCCAUCUAAACAACUUUAAUAAUAAUAAAAAAUUUAACUGGUGAAGCGUAGAUGGGAACUGGGAGCAUCCUUGGUUUUGUCUGCCUUGUGACCUAGGGCCUGAACAUUUAGUUGUGAAGGCAUCACUAAUGAUGUGCUAGUUCUCAAGGAUGUAUCAGAGUGCUGCAGCUAACACCCGAUAAUAUCGCUCACUCCAGUGCUGGCACACUUUGACUGCUUAGUGCAAGAAUCCUAACUAAAAGAAAACAAGUGGUCGUCUUCUCAUAAGUAUCAUAUCCACACACCUCUAGAAACAAAAACUUUAAAAAGAGCAAGCAGUGCCUUUAGAUAUUUGGUUUGGUUUUGUGGACUUGCUUUUGUCUUGACCAUUGGCAUUCUUUUGUAAUUUUGAAAUGAGGUUUCGUUAGUUUUGAACUCCCCCUUUUAUAAAAACCUUUCGCUGUAGAUGAUGUAUAGAGCCAUAUUCCUUUCUUGCUGGAUCAAAGCUGUGAAGUCUUUGUACCCAGUUCUUCAUUGUCCUGUUCAGAACAAUGGUUCUACUGGAAAUGGUGUAGGGGAGCCAAAGACUAGAGUUCAUAAUCUACUAUGCCACUGAUUUCUUACCUCCAAAUUCGUACAUUGUAGAUUGUUGUUGUUGUUAAUUGUCUACCCUUCAUGGUGAAGGCUUCACCCUAAGGUCCCAGCGUGGGUUACAACACUAAAAAACCAUAAUUAAAAACUGUUUAAAACAACAAUUUAAAUCCAUUCUUGCAACUCUGCUAAAAUUCUUGUUUUCUUCAAGGAGACUGAUAAGAUCUGGUAUGAAUUUUCUUCAAUGUCCUCCUUUUGUUCUUCUCCUGUCUCCCAUUACAAAUGAGUUCACCUUGUUCCCUUCUGUGUCUUCACUUCCAUCUCUUCCUGUGUUAUCCUCCCCCCCAUGGUUAACUUCUGUCUUCUUAUAACUUCUUUUUCAUUAAGACAUCAUCCUUAGAGCUUUCCUGUCCUCUAAAUUGCUGCCCCAUGGUUUCCUAGCAUUGGAUCAGCUUUGUAUCCUCUCCAUGAAUGCUUGCCAAUAUGCCUUUAAUUCAGCGUAGCCUAUUGAAACUCAACUUAAGAAGUUUUUCCUUGAGUUACUGUAUAAAUCCUCUCUCCACUUUUCUUGUGCUGUUGAUCAUUCCGUCAUUCCGUGACGUCUUUCCUUCUUGGGCUCCUGUGAUUACAGCCACAUUCUUACAUAUUGCUAAACCAUGAACUAGUGCUAUGUGGACACGCUUUAAUGAGCCUGAGCAAAAUGUCUGGCUCACAUGCUCUCCCUUCCUUUCCACUCAUUCGGGCUUCUGCUGAGUUUAAUUUCACUUUUAAUUAAUAUAAUCUUAGGGUUAUGCUGAAACCAGGGAUGUUGGUUUAAAAUGGUCUCUGGCCAGUUUCAUAAUAAGCCAGCUUCAAACCACGGGUUAUUAAGCUGUAUUAGUAAAGUGGCUUUUUAAGCCAGGAUCCCUGGUUCAAAUGUAACACCAAGCUGAGAUUCUUUAAAGGAACUAAACUCAUCAGAAGUCCUCCCAUGCAGGGUAGAGGAGCAUAUAUGAGCCUAACUUUUCACUUGGGUUCACUGGGUUCAUUGGCGUUCAUUUACAUCGUGCUGAGCUAUGCUUUCUGUAUAACUGGGUCAGUAUCAACUUUCAGUUCUCUAGCUUUUUCUCUAACAUUUUCUUCAGCUCUUGCUUCACUUCUUCCUCUCCUUGAAGGAGUCCAAGUAUUUCGGCAUCUAUUCUUCCUGUUGCCCUCUGUUCUGGGAGGUCUAUUCUAAAUCUGUUUUUUCAUCUCAUUCUGUGUAAGAUAAGGUUAGCGUUAGCUAAAACUAGGCCUCUGUCUCCGUGUCUCCAGCUUUCUCAACAUUUUCUCUUGAAUGGCUUACCAUAAUCUCAGUUUGAAUUUAGACAAGAAUACAUCCCUCCUUAUACUUUUCCAUCACUACUCCAAAUAUCACCAUUCCCGAGUCUUCCAAAUAAACACAACUCUGGGCCCCCAUUGAUGCAUCCUCCUUUCUUUUCCUGUCUGUCCUUGUCCAGUGUUGCCAUUUCUUCAAAACUUCUAAAACUUUCUUCUUUUUCUUUUGCAUCUGUUGCAAAAACAAAACAAUUUUUUUUAAAUAAAAAAACAAACCCUUCAUUCUUCGGCCAUCUCUUACCUGAACAGUAACAUCUUCAUUUUCACAUUUAUCAUAUACUGGUGGGUUGUUGUGGUUUUUAUUUAUUAUUAAUUCAAUUUAAACUACAUGCAUCACAACAUGAUGAGCUUGGGUUGUGUGUAUAGGUUUUGUGUAACUUCUGCGUUUCUUUUAACUCUUAUUUGUAGAAUGUGGGGUGGGGAGGUAGAAGGAAGGGAUGGAAUAUGGGAUGCGUCUCAAAGAGAAGUUUAUUGUUUGUAGAACAACAGUAAAAUAGAUGGCCAACAUGUGGCACACACUCAGGAAGACUAAUAUCCCAUCCUCUCUUUGUUCAGCUGUCUUGUGCUUAAACUAAACAAUCUUCUGUAACAAAGAUGUUUGCCAUGGUUCCUGCAUGUGUACAGAAUCAGGAUACAGCAGUCUUGUGACUUAGGAGUUGUAACAGGAAACCUAGACUUGCGGACUUAAUUCGUGAAACAUUUCCCAAUAAAGCUGUUUUUUGCAAGCCAGGAGAAAUUUGUUUAAAAAUUCAACUAGUUCCCCUGAGUUACAAUUGUGGCAUCACAGUUUGGGAUGGUAUAAGCAAGUCAGGAACAAACUAGCUGCACGUGUCAGCCUUUUUGCAAAAUUUGAUGCUGCCCUGAUUUGCUUAUAGCAGUAGUAAUAAUAUCAGUUUGCAUGGCAUUCUUUAACUGAAAAGAAAACCAAUCUGUGAUAGUCACACAUGCAAUAAAAUCUCUGUUUUGAAACCUUAAUUUUUCUCGCAGUCUUGCUCAGUUUAUUCUUUCUGUCUUGCUUAUGAUCGCUGCCCUGAUUUCACGGAAGUGCAAAGAGACCUAUCCAAUUGGCCUUGCCCCUUUGGUUCGCAAUAUUCACAUAUAUGCUGCAGCCAUGUGGGAGCCACCAUGGGAAAGUGACCCCUAUGUGAAUCAUGGAUUGUGUGAAGAGGGCUAAUACAUCUCACCACAUAUCUCAUCCUUCCUCAAGUUCUGUAGGAAACGCUGAAAGAAAAUGCACGACUCCCUUUCACUUCCUUUGUUCCUUCUUCCUUCUAAUGUUUUCCUAAGGCUCUGGGAAGUUUGGAUACUUUACAGUGGUACCUCGGGUUACAUACGCUUCAGGUUACAGACUCUGCUAACCCAGAAAUAUUACCUCGGGUUAAGAACUUUGCUUCAGAGUGAGAACAGAAAUCAUGCUCCAGUGGCGCAGCAGCAGCAGGAGGCCCCAUUAGCUAAAGUGGUGCUUCAGGUUAAGAACAGUUUCAGGUUAAGAACCUCCAGUACGAAUUAAGUACUUAACCCGAGGUACCACUGUAUUCCCAAUGCUUAACACCUGGGCCUUUCACUUUUGUGCCUUUUUACACUGAAUAUCCAGAAUAUUAAUAAAGUGAUGAAAAUGUGUCAUUUCUACAUGGCAAAGGACAUUACCACGUAACAUUUCCCUCCAUCAACUGGACGAGUGUUUAAAGCAACAAACUGGAAGUGGGGGAACUGGCACGUAGCAGAAGUGUUGGUAAUAGCACUGGGGUAGGAUAGGUGCUACAGCCAUUUUAUCACCUCGAGCCGAUCGCCACUCUGAUCCAAUUACUGCUCACGUGGGCCGAUUUCUCCUAGUUGUUUGGGCUAGCAGCAGUCAACACUGGAAUUCCCACUGCCUCCAUAGAGAUUGUGAAUUGUUGGGUUCUAUUAGUCACAUGUCCUGAAAUGAGCAAUACCCCCCCUCCGAUAUCUGUCAGUUUAGUUUGACUGUUUUCAUUUGCACCAGGGCUAAUUCAUAUUUCUAUUAAAAUGCAUUACUUUUCCAGGCAGAGUUUGAUAUAUAUAUUUUUGCACUAUGAACAAGAAGAGCUAAUUUAUCUGAGUUAUGUUUUUUAAUCCCACUGUUCUUUCUGGUCAUUUCAUACUUUUUAUUGCCUUCUAUAGUUUGCUACAGAAAGGUGAAUCCUAGUCACAGUUAUAAAUAUAGGAAUCCAUUUGAAAAUGUAUCUUGAACACAGAGUCUGUGUAAAUCCUGUGUAUAAAUCUCUCCCCCAACAUCCUUAGAUGGGAAAAUAGAGUAAAAUCACUGGCGUAUAAGAACUCAGUUUUCAUUCACUGGAAAAGUAAACUCUAGUAAAUAUUGUUAUUGUUCACUUUAUUUUAGUAUGCUACUUCAUAUUUUAGAAAAUCUCAAAGUGGUUGACAUCACAGCAAAAAACAACAUUACAUAAAAUACAAAUUCCAAAUUCAGUACAGCAGCAGCUGCUACUAAUCAUCAUUAUCCACAUUUUUAAUAAUAUAAUUAAGUAGUAAAUGUCUAAACAAUAUACAUAAGUCCAUAUAUUUUUAUGCUAUAGAAACAGGUGUUCCUUGACUAGUCUAACAUGUUACAAGGUUUAGGAUUAUACUAAUGAAACUAAUGGGUAAAACCUCAGCACCUAGGACUUGCCGAUCGCAUGGUCGGCGGUUCGAAUCCCUGCGGCGGGGUGAGCUCCCGUCGUUCAGUCCCAGCUCCUGCCCACCUAGCAGUUCGAAAGCACCCUUAAGUGCAAGUAGAUAAAUAGGUACCGCUUUAUAGCGGGAAGGUAAACGGCGUUUCCGUGUGCUGCUCUGGUGCCGGUUCGCCAGAGCAGCUUCGUCACGCUGGCCACGUGACCCGGAAGUGUCUGCGGACAGCGCUGGCUCCCGGCCUCUAGAGUGAGAUGAGCGCACAACCCUAGAGUCUGUCAAGACUGGCCCGUACGGGCAGGGGUACCUUUACCUUUACCUUAAUGAAAAAUAAGAUUUAUCCCUAUUUAUUGAUGAAUAGGUUCUUCAUUCUUCCCAGUCUGCCUUUUCAGCUAAAUAAGUUAAACAAGAACCAUAAAUCGGUGUUGUUCUCUGUUUUGGUUAUUUGUAGUUUUCAGCUUUGAGGCAGGUAAAAUUUUAAAAUGCUAUGCAUUUAAUAAAUUCAUCAUAAAAUUGUGAAUUGUGUGUGUGCUGAGCAACAGAAAUCCAGCAUUUGAUUCCCCUCUUAUUUUCAUGACAGAGUACAGAUUCUUUGUUGCCGUCUGUUGACACCUGCCAGUCUCCAGCUUUUCAUGAGAGGAAACAGGUAAAGACCCAGCAAGAAACUGAGCAAAUGUUUUCAAUGAUAGGUGAGAAAACCUCAGGCGUUCCUGUCCUUUAAAAAGAUUAGAUUAGAACAGGUGAGUUAUACUUCUGGUACUCCUACAAUUAUUCUCCUGGCAUUGCAAAACAGUUCAGUAGCUUGCAUGGGAACUGUGUUCAAAAUACUCCGUUACUCUAACAACAAAAGCACAGUUUUGUGACAUAUUUGGUACAUAGAAAGUACCAGAUUAUAGUCUGAGUAGCAAUUCCCUCUGUCUGCCAGACAUUUAAAAAAAAAAAUUAUUCAAAAACUGUAAUUCACUGAGGACUACUGCUUUUGUCAGAAUUUCAUCUAGAACCUGUUUCUUACAUUCUUAUUUAUUUAGGGCUUCCCGUCUCUAAGAAAUUCCACAAUUUUAUCAGAUCAACAUUUCCCUCAUUUCCCAUCAGUUGACAUGGCUCCUAUAGCAGCACAAGGGAAGGGGGCAUCUGAGAGAAGGUUACAUACCUUGUUCCCACAUUGCCAUUUGUGUGCUGCUAUUGGAGUAUGAAUGCAUCCAUGUGAAAUGAAAUAGGAUGAACUAACAACAAUAAAUGCUUUAGGGUGUAAUCCUGUUGUCUCUAGGAGGGCACCCCAAGAGCCAUAGGAUUUUGCAGAACUCCCUUUCUGCCAGCAGAGGGAGCUCCAGAGGUGGAACAGGGGGUCCACCACAGGGGGACACCUUGUUGCAGCUACUAAAACCUUAGCAGCUGUCCCUCCUCCACCGCUGGUAGGAGGAAGAAAUAAAGCUAUUGGGAAGGUGGGGCCUUGGAGUCCACUGGAUUCAAAGCCCUCUUCCCAACACAUCCUAGGACACGUUGAAAAGUGCACAUUCUGCACGCUCUAGCCUGCUCUGUAAUUAUGAUAAAUCUUAAAUAUGAUACGGCUUGUGAUAGUUUGAAUUUUCCCUUGUUCUCAUCAGGUAAAGGUAAAGGUACCCCUGCCCGUACGGGCCAGUCAUGUCCGACUCUAGGGUUGUGCGCCCAUCUCACUUAAGAGGCCGGGGGCCAGCGCUGUCCGGAGACACUUCCGGGUCACGUGGCCAGUGUGACGAAGCUGCUCUGGCAAGCCAGCACCAGCGCAGCACACAGAAACGCCGUUUACCUUCCCGCUGUAAAGCGGUACCUAUUUAUCUACUUGCACUUAGGGGUGCUUUCGAACUGCUAGGUGGGCAGGAGCUGGGACUGAACGACGGGAGCUCACCCUGCCACGGGGAUUCGAACCGCCGACCAUGCGAUCGGCAAGUCCUAGGCGCUGAGGUUUUACCCACAGCGCCACCCGCGUCCCUCACCCGCGUUCUCAUCAGGCUUUGUUUGCAAAUAUUGUUUAGUAGCCAGUCGGCCCACACAUUUCUUUCCUAGUCCUUUUUUGGUAAAUUGAUGACCUGAGAGGGUGUGAAACUCCAUCUUUCCCCGUGUUGUCUGAUCGCCUAGAGUCAAGUCCUACUCACCCAAGGUGAGCAGGAAAAGGACUUUGUAUACAAGCCUGCAUUAGCCAUGCAAAUAUUUCUUUUAUGAGCCAUAGAUUUUAAUAGCUCUUGCUAAUCCAUUGUAAUGAUUAUUGAUAACUGUUUUGAACUAACUGCCAGAAGUGGCUCGUUGAAUAACAUUCCAUGCCAAAAUAAUUUCUUAAUAAAGAAGAUGUAAUUAUUUCAUUUUAUUACAUAACUGACCAAAAGAAGGGAGUUAUUUUAGUAGCUUAGACUGCAUGCGAAACUUAACUUUUUGCACCAUUUGGCAGAGAGGUAUGAGAUUUUGUUUCUCACGAGUCAACAUUACCAUUUAGCUGCUCAAACAGAGAAUAAGAUCAUUACUUAUUCCUAGUGGAUGGGUAAAUAUGGGUAAGUCUGGCAGUCAAGGAGAACUGCCAGAGCAAUGACUCAUGAUAAUAUUUUCCUCUUUUUUCUGAGAAUCCCAUUUUCAAUAUCUCACAGAAAGGAGAUGUGGAGCCAACAUAUAAUCUGCCCUGUAGCCUCUCUUGCUUCCCUUCUCUUUGCUGUGUGGUCACAGCCUUGACAUUAAUGCCAUACCUGGUGGAGCCUUUUUUUAGUUUUCAUAAUUUAGUUGUAUACUUUUUUUCAAACAUUCAAUGGAUUAUCAAAUAGAAUAUAAAAUACAACAUUCCAUUCCAAGCAAGGCUAGCUGGCACAGAAAAUUUAUAUGCACACCAGUUUUUACUUAUUCCCUCUGUCUGAAGCACUGGGUGCCUAGUUUUAUUUCCUGCAUAUAUAUAGGGAGAGAGAGGGAGAGAUACAUAAACACACACACACACAAACCCUACUUUUUCUCUUGGGUUUUUUUUUUAAAGACUGUAUUCUGAAAUAAUAUGUUCUGGUGAUAACACUAUUACCAAAACAUUUUUAAAUCACUGGUUUUUCAUUCACUUCAGUGCAGUUCAGAGGAGUGCACACUCAAGAUGACAGAGGGUCUAUUUUUUUUUUUUUAAUUUGCCACUGACUCAUAGCACGUAGCAGUUGUGGUAAAAUCAGAACUACUUUUCCACUGGGAAUUAAAUGUGAGCAGUCCGAUUCAGCUAAAGCUAAUGGUUAUUGUGAAUCAUUGAAAGCCUUCUAAGUUCCUCUGGUUUUAGUGAGACCUUCAGUAUAAUUCCACACGUUAACUUGGAAAUAACUCCCACUAUUUUCAGUGGGUCUUACUGCAUAGUAAACACGUUACGACUUCAUUUAGCCUUAGUCACAACUAACUUUAUUUGGAUUGUAGGAGGGUUGUGUUAGGUCUUCAGAAGAAUAGAUUUUUGCCUGCCUCCAUCCCUGCUUCCAGCAGAGAGUGAAGCCAACCUAAACAACUUGGAGUUAUCAUUUGAUUUAGACAUUUGCAAGGUGAAGUUAACGGGAAAGUAAAAGUCUUCGCUGUUGUGUGACUCCACUUCUAUGUCUAAUUAGAGUCUCAAAGCAUUUUAAAAAGCCAUAUAAGGUGAAUCAUCUCAGUAAACAGCCCUUGACGUGAAAAACCAACACCUUUGCGGUGGGGAGGAUACCUUUGCAAACAAAGAAAGGUGGCUUUCUGCAGUCAGCCCUUUUCUCUAGCCGCACAGCAUGGGGUGACGGAAAAAUCAUUAACAGGCUCAUCCUGCACUUUUCCCUUUUCCACACCUGCAUACCACCAUCCCCAGUGCUGUAGCUUUAUGGGCCAUGAGGAGGCAGAUUUGCCGCCAUGAAACUCUGGAGCAAGCUGACAGCUGCAGAACAGCAGACACUAAAAUGUAAAGGAGAGGAAGGGGAGAGAUCACCUUUGAAGUCUACCAAAAGAAAAAGGGAAAACAAUAGGACUUAGACCAUUUCUUUUUUUAAUUAUCUGUCUCAGGUACAUUAAGAUAUGAGCCACUAGGGCAGGGUUUGUUUUGUUUGGAAAGACGCAUGUUACAGUAAUGUGUGGGUUCAUAAGACCCUUCAAAAUUAAAAUUAAAAUGUGCAUUUAAAAAUUGCCAUAGACUAGUGAGGGAAAUGAGCCUUUUGAGCUAAAAACAGGUUGCAUCAUGGGGUGAAAAUAGCAGCUGGGGGAUUUUUGACAGGAAACUGGAUCAGGAGCAGGGCUCUACAGCUGUAUAUUCUUCGGAAUAAAAGUGAAAGUAUUGAUCACAUUUUAAAAAAAAACACAGGAUUAACGCAAUGUGUAGCUUGGUCUCUGGAAGUCUGAAUAUUUUCAACUCCUAUCCUGGUGUAUAAUUAAUUUACCUACUUACCUACUUUCCCUCCCACCCCAUCACUUUGGAAUAAAGUCACAGUAGUAGAUUGCAGUUGCAGUGCAUUAACCUGAAAUUACGAGUCACACACCUCAAUAAGAAAAACUGCCUUAUCAAUGAACUCAAGGUUGGCCAACAUUAAGAUGUCUUAUUUCCAUGGAUGCCCUCUAUUGGUUUACUGCAGAAAAGCAUUCACCAAUAAUUAUUAAAUAGACGGCUUCAAAUAUUCUUGAAUACUGCCGGAAGUCAGGUGAUUUAUUGUUUUAUUCCGCAAGAGUAAUUACUUUUGUGUACUGCCUUGGCUAACAGUUUAUCUUUCUUACAUCUUCAUAGACUUUAAUGGCUUUUUAAUAAUAAUAAUUUAAAAAAACCGUUGACAGAACCGAAGAGGCAGCUGUGCUAAUUUGUCACAGAGCAAAAACAGAAAAGAAAAAUGGAUCAUAUGGUUGCCUUUGCAACCUCUUUUUUUGUGGUGGGGGUGGGGUGUGUUUUCCCCUUGCUUACAGGUGGGUUUCUCCCCCAAUUUUCCUCCCACAGUUGCUGCUUUCUUGGCUUUCUGAAGUGCAGAAAAGACUUGGAGAGCCAUCUAGUCCUCAGCAGGUGGUGAGUUCUUUCCUGUAAUCUUUAUCAGGCUUGCCCCAUCCCACCUCUGUCUUCAGAGGAAGAUAGUAGUAACAGUUGUUGUUGUUGUUUUGAGGUGGGGGGGACACAGGUUAGUGGGGGAAGUCCUAUUUAUUCUCUGUCUGGAGAAGCCAGAGUGUUACAAUAUGGAGGAGAAUUUCCGAAGAGUCAAGCUCAAGCUGAGGCCCAAAGGAGGAGAAAGGGAAGCCUUUAUUAUGAUAAUAGCGAUGAGCUGGGUAAAAAGAGCUCUCACAAUGGGGCUAGGCUACUGUGCCUUCAGCUGCUUCCUGCUAGGAAGAUUCACAAGUCUCCUUUACAUAGGAUGAUUAGAGAACUACAAAGUCAAGGGGAGUGGUGGGUUUCACUCUCUUAUCUGGAGCUCAUCCAACUCAACAGUUCUGACUCUCCAAGAUUGCUGCUUUUAUCAGCCCAGCCUGUGAGGUUAUAUUAAAUGAUAAAUGUUUGGUGCUCAAUAUAGUGCCAUUUACUCACCCAACCCCCCUAAAAUCAUGGGUCUGAUACCGAGAAGCAAACAAAGCCCUUUGCACUACAAUUGAUUUUGGUGGGACUUUAUUUAACAGCAGCAAAACUAGGACGCAGGCAUUGAUACUGUUUAGUUUGCCUAAUUGUCCAUGCACCCUUCAUUGUAAAGAGGGGUGAGGGGAAUUAGUUAAUUUUGGGGAAGUUUGCUCCUUAACCAUGCCAGGGGUGGGUCAACAUUGCCUUUCUUUCAAAAGGUUCCCCUCUUGCAUUUUCCUCCAGGAUACUCAGCCUCCUCCUAAAGGUGUAAUCAGGCUUCCUAAUCAGUUAUGUAGAUAGAGAGCAGGUUUGGGGCUGCCUCCCAUUUAGGACUAUAAAUCUCGGCUUACAUUGAUUACCUUUUCCUGUAGGUCUUUCUUUUGAAACCCUUUUAUAUUAUUACUGUUUCAUCAUUUAGAUGAUUUCAGACCGCAAUGUUUCCCAAGGAAUAAGAAUCAAGCAUCAUAUGUUUUGUUAUAUAAGCAUGUGGGUCACAAUAAUAGAUUAAUAUUGUUCCUGCAUAUCAGCUCAAAGUAUUGCAGAGAUUUCUGCAUUAAUGGAUUCAUUGGAUUUUAUGCAGUGAGAGUGAGAGACAACAGUUCUUCCUCUUUAAGUCGUUGAAAAGUAUAGCAGAUGUUUUGUUUUGGCCAAUUUUUCCUGUUGAAAUUCAAGUGGACUGACAAAGUGGGCCUUUUAAUCAUACAAGGACAGAAUAAGAUUUCUGAAAUUUUUUGUAGAGGGUGGAAAACUAUUGCAUUUUAAAGUAAUAUACAUGUUACAUACCUGUCUUUAUUAUUUUGCUAUUCAGGUCAAUAAAAAUGUGAAGUAGUAUGGUAAAAUACAUUGUCUAUCUUGCACACGGUGGGUGCCACUGAAUGAAUGAAAGUGUUCAAUGGAGACGUGAAGUUUUGAAAAGGAACCUACUUCAGCCAAACCCUGUUCUGUUAGUACGCCACUGACAUCUUACAGUGCCAUCUUAAUCACGUCUACUCAGUCCCAUUGAAUCCAAUGUUUCUUGCUCCCAGGUUACUGGGGUUACAACUGCAGCCUUAAAUAAGUUUUGAAUAGGAAGUUAUCUUAGGCCCUUUGUAGUGGUAUUGCUUUAACAAGAACAUUAUUUAGUAUAAUAAUUAAGUAGCACUUGAGAAUGUUCAAAACACAUCACGUACAUUAUCUUAUCAUUCCUUGCAAAACUGCCCUGAGAGGUAGACCAAUAUUUAUAAUCACCAUAUUGCAGAUGAGAACCAAGGCUGAAAAAUGGUGGUUUACCUUUGGCUUCCUAGUCAGUUGGAAUUGGGCCAAAGUUGUGAUAUGCUUUAAGCAUAUUCCGGAAUCUAGAUUUGGACAGUAUCUUUGUGGACCAAACUUUGACAUUAUCCCAAGUGCUUGAUCAGGCUAGAUGUUAAACAGAGGAAUUGGCUGGAGAGGGAGGGGGGCAAGAAACAGAAAUGCAAUUAAGCACCUCAAAACUUCCCAGCCCCACAAUUUACACUGGGGAUAAAAGAAAGCACUCUUCAUUUUAUCCAUUUCCAUUGCCUCAAGGAGGUGAUGUUUAUCUGCAGAGUUCCUGGCUAAGGAAAGUUUUGUUCCUGAGAAAAGCUUGCAAUACAAUUAAGGAUGAGAUGAAGGACCCAAGCCAUGAAUGAUCUACGAACAAUUUAUUUUGGAGUAGUCCUGCUGGCAUUGGUGGCUUUACUGCACAUACGGUUGUAGAGCACAUAUAUUUGUUAUAUUUGUAGAUAAAAUUGGACUUUGCCCAUGAAUGCAGCUGUAAGUUGUAUGCCUGCUGCUAUGUUCACUUUGGGUUGUGUCAAAUGCUGCUGUUCCGCUCAUGCAAGAGACUUCCACUUGUGCAAUGGGACUUCCCCUUCUUCUCUCCACCCCCAGCCCCACACAUGCCCUCAAAAUCUUCUCCAUAAGGUUGGAGAACCCUCCAGAUUUUGGAAGCACACAGGGGGAGGAGAGGAAGGAGAAGUCUUGAUGUGUAAGUAGAACUCUGCUGAGGCAGCUCUGCAUACAACCCUGUGACUUUCCCCCGCUUUCUUUCUGAAAGCUGCACACACACACCCUCCUCAAAACUUCAAGGUCUCCAUACAGGUCAUCCCUCCAGGACAUAACAUCUCAGUAGUACUGAAGCAGGCUGCAACCACAGUGUCACUUUCUGUCGGUGGCCAGUGAUAAUAUUCCCAUUCUUGUGGUGCUUUCCAGCAUUUGUAAAUACUUUUAGCAUUCCUCUCCUUUGCUUAUCCCUGAGCUGAUUGAGAUGGAACAGAGCCUUCAAAGCUCAUUUACCUAACGCCAUUCUACAUGUAGCAUCAAGUGAACAAGCCCUGAAGGAUCAGUGGGCUCACAUGCUCUCUUCUUCUCCCUUUGCACACCGCAUUUCUCUCCUUCCUUUCCUGGUUUAUGUCACACCAUAGUUCAUAAUUCCAUUGGAACUGGCAAACUCUGGAAACUGCUUCACAGAGACAGUUCUCAUGCAUUCCAUAUUUUAUCCAUUAAGUAAGGCUGAGGCUCCAAAAAAUGAAUGUGCAGAUUGUCGGGAUGUGAUUACAUGCUAGGAGAUGAUAUAUUUAUUAGAUAUUUUCCUUCCUUCCUCAUGUUUGUGAGUUCAGCAGAGUGCCAUCGCUUUGCAGCUUAAAAGGGAAGCUUAGAUAGGCUAGUGUAUAAGCUCUAACAUGCUUUUUUAUUAUUACUGACAGAAGAAAACAUGCAAACAGAAUCGGAAAUAUGAACAGCAACUUCACUCAUUGCACCAUAUGUAUUAUUUUUCUCUUCUUAACAUGGCAUUAUCCAGGAGGUGAGUUUGCACAAUGUAGAGGCAAUUUGUCUAGUAUACCACUUUAUAAAUGGCUUUUAUGACUCUCUGCUUAAACUACCACGCUGGCAAAGCCUAUUGUAGUAUUGCCAAAGCUAAAAGAAGCCAUUUAAGGAUCACAGUAAAAAUCAGUUGUGAUUUCAUGCAACUAAAUCCCAUAAGUCAUCAAAACUUACUUUGGAAAAAAGCUAGCCAAAUUUGAGUUUAUUAUGGAAAACAAUGCUGUCUGUUCAAACAGUUGCUGCAUUAAAAGCUUUCAAAAGAGGCUUUAAAAAUGUAUAGGCAAUGAAUAACAGAAUUUUUAGAGGCUAUAAGUCUUUUUUUCAGAAGAGUUAGGGUGAAGCAUUAGCAACCGAGUCUAGCAACAAUCAUCCUAAGGAUUCAUAAUCCGUUUUCCUGAAAUGAUGGUGAAGACUGUUAUGGUCACAGCUUGCAGACUUAAUAAAUAUCUAAAGUAAUGUUCAUUCAGUGGAAGUAAGCAAUGAAAUAACAAAUUUACAGUAGUUGACCAUCUUUGACUGGACUUGGUAGCCAAACCAAAAACCAUAGUUCUCUGUACUUGCUCCUUCUGUUGCUGGGGUUUUCUGGCCUCACAGCUGCUGAGGAAGGUCCUGCCUGGGCAGCAAAGAGUUUGCCCAUUUGCUUGCUUCUUUGCUAAAUAAAUAAAGCCCCUCCUCCCUUGCCCUGGACAGGCCUGAUACAUUCUCAUAAUAGUAGAUCUCUCAAAGAGAUUCUUUGGACAGUUUCCUUUUUGAAUAGUAGCGGGUGGGAUUGUGUAUAAUACAUAGAAUGAAUGUUUAUAUGUUUCAAUGGAUUAGACAAGAAUUCAAUGCACAACAUGUGGGGUCCAGUGAGCUGGGGAUCACCUACACUAAAAUGAACUUCAGCCUGUUUUAUUUUUGUGAUGCUCAAUGUUUUUAGCAAAUAUAUUUUGCUGACUGGCUGUCUUGGUGAGCUGGCCGCACCCAAGGAGGAGAGCCUCCUUAUUGCAAAAAUGGUGGUUGGUAGCCAGUGAUACAUAUAUUGAAGCCCACCUCAGUUCACAGGAACAAGAAGGUACCGGCAGGCUGUUGUUCAAAUUAAAAAUGACUCUUCUUGCAUUGCAUUAGCCACAUGUGUACAAAAAAGAGAGAGAUGGUGCCAAGAAACAUUCUUAGGAUCAGUUGUGGAAGGAUCAAACUCUAAUGAGAUCCUUUGCGAGCAAAAUGUGUAGCUCUACUGUGCCCCAGAGCAACCAUUGGCUUCCUUGCUUUCAUGCACACUUAAAAAAACAAUAAUGCAUUGCCACUAAAUCAAGUAGAUUGUGGGUGGGAAUUAAAAGCAGCUAGGACAAUACCUACUCUGUUUUUAAGAAUCUAUAAUCCAUGUUUGUGUUCUUGAUUUGUUUUUUUGUUUGGUGCUAUCUAGGCUCCUAGAACAAAACGGACAGUUUACAGAUGUCAGAACACAGCAGAGUGUGCAUGAUCUGGUUAGUAAUCACAACAAUCAGCUACAUAUAUAUGUUGCAUUCUAUACAGGCAAACAUUACUCAAUAUGCCUUUGAUUUGAAUUAGGCCCCUUUCUUUGUUUAUGCCACUUGAUACUUUAUGUUGUUUAACCUAAAGGUUAUAACACUAAAGUAAACUUGACUUACCUGCGGAGUUUUAAGAAAUAAUUCCCCAAAGAGUGUUAAUGGAAUUUAGCACGUAAACGCACCAGCGGAUGUUGAACUCAGCACUGAAUCGCUGUUCAAAGAGCACACUUCACCCGGGAUAUAACCACAUGGAAACUCUGUAUUUAGGAAAAUAAGAAACCUACAUUCACUGCAGAAAAUAUGUGCUCGAUAGGAAAGAUCCUAGUUCUAACCAAGUAAGGUGGAGAAUGCCAGGAGCCAUGCUUGCUCAUGUAUUUUAGCAGGAAAGACACAAACAGUGUUUUGCCACCUGAGGCGAAAUGGGAAGGUGUUGCUCUGAACGUGCACCACACGCCAUCUGCCCCCACUUGCCUCCCACGCCAAAGCCUUGCUUACAUGGGCACAGCUGUAGCUUCUGGGUCUGUUUUGCAAGAGCCCUGGAAAAUGUCACAGCCAUCUUGCCAGAACCUGGAUGCUGUUGCAGCUGAUUCUCCUUGCCUCUCCAGCAGUAGUGCGGCACAUCCCAGAGGCAUCCCUUGGAUUCUGCCACCUGAGGCAGAUGCCUCAGUCUGCCUUAUGGAUGGGCUGGCGCUGUUUGAGAUUGGUCAGCAAUUGAAGCAGCGGGGCACAGCUGACAAGAGUAAGAGUUUUCACUACCAGUAGAUGAAUCUUGGAAGAGAACCAGAAAAAAAAUGCCUGAGAGAUGGGUGUAUUAACCAACCAGUACAAAAUGAUAAUGGGAGCCAUCCCGAUCCUUCAUAACAACCCCCCCACCUGACACUUGGGAGGUUGUGUGUGGUCAACUAUAUUAAGUUAGAAGUAUCCACAGUUCUGCUCUUUUAAGGUUCAAAUGGCAAUAGGUUUGAGUUUUGAAUUUAGUAAGUAGGAUUGUUAGAUUUCAUGUUAGACUCAUUUUUAAUCAUUUUAAUUGCUUCAAAAUGACAUUUUUAAAAGCCUUGCAUUAUACUAAUGUUGUUUUCAUUGUCUCAAGAUGAAUUAUUUGUAUCCAAAUUUCCAUCAACGAUCUGGAACGAAUCAGAGCAACAGGUUAAUAGAGGAAAACUUGGUUCCAUCUUUAGUUAGUGGAAACCUGCAGGAAAUGCAUUGCAAGGACUCCACCAAAAUAUUAAGAAUUUCGAACGAAAACAAAAAGAUGUUGAAGCAACAUAAAGAUAGAGGUGUUCUUCAAAUGUGAGUACACUUAACCUGUAGACUGAGGCUUGUGUCCAUUCAGUCUUUUACCUGGUAGAUGGAUAUCACAACUUAAAUGAAGUUGUAAUUUCUAAUAAUGUUAUUUUCAGUUUCCCUGAUAGAGUUGAAACUCAGAACAUCUCUACCUUUGCCCAGCCUGAAAUGGUUCCUGUGCCUUUAACUCUGGGAGAUGUUGCUCUCUAUGCUCAAGUUGUGGUAGGUUCAUACUUCUUUCUUCCUUUCCUCUAUCGAGUCCAUUACUUAUUAUGAUGUCAGCAAUUCACAGAACCUGGUUUAUCAGGUUCAUCUAAAAGAAACCUUAUUGGAAAGGAAACAAUGGGUCUUUAAUGUGAAUGGGCAUUUUGUAAAAUAAAAAAAAUGCAGUUUUCAUACAUCUCUUCUCAAUGCUACUAUAAUUCUGUACAGACCCAAUUUGCAGUAUCUGCCAGACAUUUCAAAUUAAUCUAAUUGUGUGUGUGUGUGUGAUUUUUUUGCAAUACAAGUCAAUUAGGCCUCUUAUCUCAGAGGUAAAAAAUAUUUUUUGUGAAGUACAACAUGCUUUUUCCAGCCAUUUAUUUAGAGGAUCAGUACUACAAGUGUUGGCAUUGUGAAACAGCUGUUGCUCAACCUUAUAUUACUGUUCAUGCGCAUAUGCUAUUUUCUUGGUUGUUAAAUUGAUCAUACCAUAUAUUUAUCAAUAUACAGCUGAACUGUACAUUGUUGCUUUUUAGGAAACCACACCAUUAAACACAUAUUGGACAAAUUAUGUUGACAAUGACUCCAUCAUCAACAGUGAAAAACAGUAA